AUGGUUUCCGGCAUUCCCUUUCCUCCUUUUGGUUUCCGGCAUUUUUCCUCCUUUGGUUUCCGGCAUUCCCUUUCCUCCUUUGGUUUCCGGCAUUCCCUUUCCUCUUUUGGUUUCAGCAUUCCCUUUCCUCCUUUGGUUUCCGGCAUUCCCCUUUCCUCCUUUGGUUUCGGCAUUCCCCUUUUCCUCCUUUGGUUUCCGGCAUUCCCUUUCCUCCUUUGGUUUUCCGGCAUUCCCUUUCCUCCGGUUUUUCUGACAUUCGUUUCCUCCUUAGGGCAUUUCCCUUUCCUCCUUUGUUUUCUGGCAUUCCUUUCCUCCUUUCCGCUUCCACUUUCCUCCUUUGUUUUCAGCAUUCGUUUCUCCGCAGUUUUCCGGCAUUCCACCUUUCCUCCUUUGGUUUCCGGCAUUUCUCUUCCUCCUUUGGUUUUCGGAUUCCCUUUCCUCCGCAGUUUUCCACAUUUCCUUUCCUCCGCAGUUUUCCGGCAUUUCCCUUUUCCUCCUUUGGUUCCGGCAUUCCCUUUCUCCUUUGUUUUCCGGCAUUCCCUUUCCUCCUUUUCCGGCAUUCCGGCAUCCUUUGGUUUCCGGCAUUUCCUUUCCUCCUUUGGUUUCCGGCAUUCCCUUUCCUCCUUUGGUUUCCGGCAUUCCCUUUUCCUCCUUUUUUCCGGCAUUCCCCCUCCUUUGGUUUCCGGCAUUUCCCUUUCCUCCGCGUUUCUGACAUUUCCCCUUUCCUCCUUUGGUUUCCAUUUCCCUUUCCUCCUUUGGUUUCCGGCAUUCCCUUUCCUCCUUUGGUUUCCGGCAUUCCCUUUCCUCCUUUGGUUUCCGGCAUUCCCUUUCCUUGGUUUCCAUUUCCUUUCCUCCUUUGGUUUCAGCAUUCCCUUUCCUCCUUUGGUUUCGGCGACCCUUUCCUCCUUUAGUUCCCGGCAUUUCCCUUUUCCUCCACCAGUUUCGGCAUUCCCUUUCCUCCGCAGUUUCCGGCAUUCCCUUUCCUCCGCAGUUUUCCGGCAUUCCCUUUCCUCCUUUGGUUCCAGCAUUUCCCUUUCCUCUUUGUUUCCAUUCCUUUCCUCCUUGAGUAUUUCGAAUCGCACCCCUCCUUCAGUUUCCGGCAUUCCCUUUCCUCCUUUGGUUUCCGGCAUUCCCUUUCCUCCUUUGGUUUCCAGCAUCCCCUUUCCUCCUUUUGGUUUCAGCAUUCCCUUUCCUCCUUGGUAUUCCGGAAUCCCCGCUUUCCUCUUGUUUCCGGCAUUUCCCUUUCCUCCUUUGGUUUCGGCAUUCCUUUCCUCCUUUGUUUCCGGCAUUCCCUUUCCUCCUUUGGUUUCCGGCAUUUCCUUUCCUCCUUUGGUUCCGGCAUUUCCUUUUCCUCCUUUGGUUUCCGGCAUUUCCCUUUCCUCCCUUUGGUUUCCGGCCUCCCUUUGGUUUCCCUUUUUCCUCCUUUGGUUUCCGGCAUUCCCUUUCCUCCUUUGGUUUCAGCAUUCCCUUUCCUCCUUUGGUUUUUCCCUUUCCUCCUUUGGUUUCCAUUUCCCUUUCCUCCCUUUGUUUCCGGCAUUCCCUUUCCUCCUUUGGUUCCGGCAUUUCCCCUUUUCCGGCAUCCUUUGGUUUUCCGGCAUUCCCUUUCCUCCGCGGUUUCCGGCAUUUCCCUUUCCUCCUUUGGUUUCCGGCAUUCCCUUUCCUCCUUUGGUUUCCAUUUCCUUUCCUCCGCGGUUUUCCGGCAUUCCCUUCCUCGCAAUUUUCGGCAUUCCCUUUCUCCUUUGGUUUUCCGGCAUUCCCUUUCCUCCUUUGGUUUCCGGCAUUCCCUUUCCUUUGGUUUCCGGCAUUCCUUUUUCCUCUUGGUAUUCCGGCAUUCCCUUUCUCCUUUGGUUCCCCCCUUUCCUCCGCAGUUUUCCGGCAUUCCCUUUCUCCACCUUUUUCCCGGCAUUUCCCUUUCCUCCUUUGGUUUCCGGCAUUCCUUUCCUCCUUUGGUUUCCGCAUUCCCUUUCCUCCUUUGUUUCCCGGCAUUCACUUUCCUCCCUUUGGUUUCCGGCAUUCCCUUUCCUCCGCAGUUUUCCGGCAUUCCCUUUCUCCGCAAUUUCGGCAUUCCUUUCCUCCUUUGGUUUCCGGCAUUUCCCUUUCCUCCUUUGGUUUCCGGCAUUCCCUUUCCUCCUUUGGUAUUCCGGCAUUCCCUUUCCUCCUUUUAGUUUCCGGCAUUCCCUUCUCCUUUUGGUAUUCCCGCAUUCCUUUCCUCCUUUGGUUUUCCGCAUUUCCCUUCCUCCUUUGGUUUUCCGGCAUUUCCUUUUUCCUCCUUUGGUUUCCGGCAUUCCCUUUUCCUCCUUUGGUUUCCGGCAUUCCCUUUCACUCCUUUGGUUUUCCGGCAUUUCCCUUUCCUCCUUUGGUUCCGGCAUUCCCUUUCCUCCUUUGGUUUCCGGCAUUUCCCUUUCCUCCUUUGGUUUCCGGCAUUCCCUUUCCUCCUUUGGUUUCCGGCAUUCCUUUCACUCCUUUGGUUUCCGGCAUUUCACUUUCCUCCUUUGGUAUUCCAGGUCCCUUUCCUCCCUUUGGUUUCCCGCAUUUUCCCUUUCCUCCUUUGGUUUCCAGCAUUUCCCUUUCCUCCUUUUGGUUUCCGGCAUUCCCUUUCCUCCUUUGGUUUCCGGCAUUCCCCUUUCUCCUUGGUUUCCGGCAUUCCCUUUCCUCCUUUGUUUUUCCAGCAUUCCCUUUCCUCCCUUUAGUUUCCCGCAUUUCCCUUUCCUCCUUUGGUUUCCGGCAUUCCCUUUUCCUCCUUGGUAUUCGAUUCCCUUUCCUCCUUUGGUUUCCAUUCCCUUUCCUCCUUUGGUUUCCAGCAUUCCCUUUCUCACUUUAGUUUUUGGCAUUCCCUUUCCUCCUUUGGUUUCCGGCAUUUCCCUUUCCUCCUUUGGUUUUCCGGCAUUUCCUUUCCUCCUUUGGUUUCCGGCAUUCCUUUCCUCCUUGGUAUUCGGCAUUCCUUUCCUCCUUUGGUUUCCGAGAUUUCCCUUUCCUCCUUUGGUUUCCGGCAUUCCCUUUCCUCCUUUUGGUUUCCGGCAUUCCCUUUCACUCCUUUGGUUUCCGGCAUUCCCUUUCCUCCCUUUGGUUUCCGGCAUUCCCCUUUCCUCCUUUGGUUUCCGGCAUUCCCUUUCCUCCUUUGUAUUCCGGCAUUUCCCUUUCCUCCUUUGGUUUUCCCGCAUUCCUUUCCUCCCUUGGUUUUCGGCAUUCCCUUUUCCUCCUUUGGUUUUCCGGCAUUCCCUUUCCUCCUUUCGGCAUUUCCGGUUUCAGCAUUCCCUUUCCUCCCUUUGGUUUCCGGCAUUUCCUUUCCUCCUUUGGUUUCCGGCAUUCCCACUUUCCUCCUUUGGUUUCCGGCAUUUCCCUUUCCUCCUUUGGUAUUCCGAAUCCCUCCGCAAUUUUCCUCCUUCCCUUUUCCGGCAUUUUUCCCCUUUCUCCUUUGGUUUCGGCAUUUCCCUUUCCUCCUUUGGUUUCCGGCAUUCCCUUUCCUCCUUUGGUAUUCCGCAUUUCCCUUUUCCUCCUUUGGUUUCCAUUUCCCUUUCCUCCUUUGGUUUUCAUUCCCUUUCCUCCUUUGGUUUCCGGCAUUCCCUUUCCUCCUUUGUUUGGUUUCCUCGCAAUUUCCUUUCCCUUUCCUCCGUAAUUUUCCGGAUUCACUUUCCUCCCUUUGGUAUUCCGGCAUUCCCCUUUCCUCCUUUGGUUUCCGGCGUUUCCACUUUCUCCUUGGUGUUCCGGCAUUCCUUUCCUCCUUUGGUUUCCGGCAUUCCCUUUCCUCCUUUGGUUUCCGGCAUUCCCUUUCCUCCUUUGGUUUCCGGCAUUCCCUUUCCUCCUUUGGUUUCCGGCAUUCCCUUUCCUCCUUGGUAUUCCGGAAUCCCUUUCCUCCUUUGGUUUCCGGCAUUCCCUUUCCUCCGCAGUUUUCCGGCAUUCCCUUUCCUCCUUUGGUAUUCCGGCAUUCCCUUUCCUCCUUUGGUUUCCGGCAUUUCCCUUUCCUCCUUUGGUUUCCGGCAUUCCCUUUCCUCCUUUGGUUUUCGGCAUUUCCCUUUCCUCCUUUGUUUCCGGCAUUUCCCUUUUCCUCCUUUGGUUUCCGGCAUUCCCUUUCCUCCUUUGGUUUCCAGCAUUCCCCUUUCCUCCUUUGGUUUCCGGCAUUUCCCUUUCCUCCCUUUGGUUUCCGGCAUUCCCUUUCUCCUUUGGUUUUCCUCCACAUUUCCCCUUUCCUCCUUUUCAGUUUCCGGCAUUUCCUUUCCUCCUUUGGUUUCCGGCAUUCCUUUCCUCCUUUGUUUCCGGCAUUCCCUUUUCCUCCUUGGUAUUCCGGAAUCCCUUUUCCUCCUUUGGUUUCGGCAUUCCCUUUCCUCCUUUGGUUUUCGGCAUUCCCCUUUCCUCCUUUGGUUUUCCGGCAUUCCUUUCCUCCUCCCCUUCAGUUUCCGGCAUUCCCUUUCACUCCUUUGGUUUCAGCAUUCCCUUUCUCCUCUUUGGUUUCCGCAUUCCCUUUCCUCCUUUAGUUUCCGGCAUUCCUUUCCUCGCUUUGGUUUCCGGCAUUCCCUUUUCCUCCUUAUUCAGAGAAUCACUUUCCUCCUUGGUUUUCCGGCAUUCCCUUCCUCCUUUGGUUUUCCGGCAUUCCCUUUCCUCCUUUGGUUUCCGGCAUUUCCCUUUCCUCCUUUUUGGUUUCCGGCAUUCCCUUUCCUCCUUUGGUUUCCGGCGUCCCUUUCCUCCUUUGGUUUCCCUUUUUUCCUCCUUUGGUUUCCGGCAUUCCCUUUCCUCCUUUGGUUUCCGGCAUUUCCCGCUUUCCUCCUUUGGUUUCCGGCAUUUCCCUUUCCUCCUUUGGUUUCCGGCAUUUCCCUUUCCUCCGCCCAGUUUUUCCGGCAUUUCCUUUCCUCCUUUGGUUUUCGGCAUUUCCCUUUCCUCCUUUGGUUUUUCAGCAUUCCCUUUCCUCCUUUGGUUUCCGGCAUUCCCUUUCCUCCUUGGUAUUCGCAUUCCCCUUUCCUCCUUGGUAUUCCGGCAUUUCCUUUCACUCCUUUAGUUUCCGCUUUUCCUUUCCUCCUUGGUUUCCGGCAUUCCCUUUUCCCUCCUUUAGUUUCCGGCAUUUCCUUUUCCUCCUUUGGUUUUCCGGCAUUCCCUUUCCUCCCUUUGGUUUCCGCAUUUCCCUUUCCUCCUUUGGUUUCCAUUUCCCUUUUCCCUCCUUUGGUUUCCGGCAUUCCUUUUCCUCCUUGGUAUUCGUUUCCUCCUUGUUUGCAUUCCCUUUCCUCCUUUGGUUUCCGGCAUUUCCCUUUCCUCCUUUGGUUUUCAGCAUUUCCUUUCCUCCUUUGGUUUCCGGCAUUCCCUUUACUCCCUUUGGUUUCCGGCAUUCCCUUUCCUCCUUUAGUUUUCCGCAUUCCCUUUCCUCCUUUAGUUUCCAGCAUUUCCCUUUCCUCCUUGGUUUCCAGAUUCCCUUUUCCUUUGGUUCCGGCAUUUUCCCUUUCUCCUUGGUAUUCCGUUUCCUUUCCUCCUUUGGGUUCCAGCAUUUCCCUUUCCUCCUUUGGUUUUUCGGCAUUUCGCACCACUCCUUCCGGCAUUCCUUUCCUCUUGGUUUCCGGCAUUUCCCUUUCCUCCUUUGUAUUCCGUUUCCUCUUUUUGCAUUUCCCUUUCCCUCCUUUGGUUUCCAGCAUUCCCUUUCCUCCCUUGGUAUUCCGAAUCCCUUUCCUCCUUUGGUAUUCCGGCAUUCCCUUUCCUCCUUUAGUUUCCGGCAUUCCCGCACCUCCUUUAGUUUCCAUUUCCUUUCCUCCUUUGUUUCCGGCAUUUCCCCUUUCCUCCUUUAGCAUUCCCUUUCCUCCUUUGGUUUCGGCUUCCCUUUCACUCCUUUGGUUUCCACCCCCCUUUCCUCCUUUGGUUUUCCAGCAUUUCCCUUUCCUCCUUAGCAGUUUCCUCCUUUGGUUUCAGCAUUCCUCCUUUGGUUUCCAGCAUUCCUUUCCUCCUUUGGUUUCCAGCAUUUCCCUUUCCUCCUUUGGUUUCCGGCAUUCCCUUUCCUCCCUUUGGUUUCCGGCAUUCCCUUUCCUCCUUUGGUUUCCAGCAUUCCCUUUUCCUCCCCUUUGGUUUCCUUUAUUCCCUUUCCUCCUUAGUAUUCCGAGAAUCCCCUACACUCUUUUGGUUUCGGCAUUCCCUUUCCUCCUUUGGUUUCCAGCAUUCCCUUUCCUCCUUUGGUUUCCGGCAUUUCCCUUUCCUCCUUUGGUUUCCAGCAUUUCCCUUUCCUCCUUUGGUUUCCGGCAUUUCCCUUUCCUCCUUUGGUUUCCGGCAUUCCCUUUCCUCCUUUGGUUCCGCAUUUCCCUUUUCCUCCUUUGGUUUUCCGGCAUUCCCUUUCCUCCUUUAGUAUUCCGGCAUUCCUUUCCUCCUUUGUUUCCGGCAUUUCCUUUCCUUUGGUUUCAGCAUUCCCUUUCCUCCUUUGUUUCCAGCCCUUUUUCCUCCUUUGGUUUCCGGCAUUCCCUUUCCUCCUUUAGUUUCCGGCAUUUCCCUUUCUCUCCUUGUGUUUCCGGCAUUCCCUUUCCUCCUUUGGUUUUCCCAGCAUUCCCUUUCCUCCUUUUGGUUUCGGCAUUCCCUUUCCUCCUUUGGUUUCCGGCAUUCCCUUUCCUCCUUGGUUUUCAGCAUUCCCUUUCCUCCUUGUAUUCAGGCAUUCCCUUUCCUCCCUUUGGUUUCCAGCAUUUCCCUUUCCUCCUUUGGUAUUCCGGAAUCCCUUUCCUCCUUUGGUUUCAGCAUUCCUUUCCUCCUUUGGUUUCCCAUUUCCCUUUCCUCCUCCUUUGGUUUCCGGCAUUCCCUUUUCCUCCUUGGUAUUCAGAAUUCCUUUCCUCCCAUUCCAGUCCCUUUUUCCUUUGGUUUCCGGCAUUUCCCUUUCCUCCUUUGUAUUCCGGCAUUUCCUUUCCUCCUUUGUUUUCCAGCAUUUCCCUUUCCUCCUUUGGUUUUCAGCAUUCCCUUUCCUCCCUUUGUGUUUCCGGCAUUUCCCUUUCCUCCUUUGUUUCCAGAAUCCCUUUCCUCCUUUGGUUUCCGGCAUUUCCCUUUCUCUCCUUUGGUUUCCGGCAUUCCCUUUCCUCCUUUUCCUUCCCCAUUCCCUUUCCUUUCCGGCAUUCCCUUUCCUCCUUUGGUUUCCGGCAUUCCCCUUUCCUCCUUUGGUUUUCAUUCCCUUUCUCCUUUGUAUUCCGGCAUUCCUUUCCUCCUUGGUUUCCAGCAUUCCCUUUUCCUCCUUUGUUUUCAGCAUUCCCUUUCCUCCUUUGGUUUCCCUUUCAUCAGCAUUCCCCCUUUCCUCCUUUGGUUUCCGGCAUUCCCUUUCCUCCUUUGGUUUCCGGCAUUCCCCUUUCCUCCUUUGGUUUCCCGGCAUUUCCCUUUCCUCCUUUGGUUUCCGGCAUUUCCCUUUCCUCCUUUGUAUUCCAGGCCCUUUCCUCCUUUGGUUUCCGGCAUUCCCUUUCCUCUUGGCCUUCCGAGUCCCCUUUCCUCACUUUUAGUUUCCGGCAUUUCCCUUUCCUCCUUUGGUUUUUCCAUUCCCUUUCCUCCUUUGGUUUCCGGCAUUCCCUUUUCCUCCUUUUGGUUUCCAUUUCCCUUUUUCCUCCUUUGGUUUCCAGAUUCCCUUUCCCUCCUUGGUUUCAUUUCCCUUUCCUCCUUUGGUUUCCGGCAUUCCCUUUCCUCCUUGGUAUUCCGGCAUUCCCUUUCCUCCUUGCAUUCCCUUUCUCCUUUGGUUUCCGGCAUUUCCCUUUCCUCCUUUGGUUUCCGGCAUUUCCCUUUCCUCCUUUGUAUUCGUCCCUUCAGCAUUUCCCGACUUUUUCCUCCCCUUUGGUUUUCCAGCAUUUCCUUUCCUCCUUGGUUUCCGGCAUCCCUUUCCUCCUUUGGUUUUCGGCAUUCCCUUUUCCUCCUUUUGGUUUCCGGCAUUUCCCUUUCCUCCUUUGGUUUCGGCAUUCCCUUUCCUCCUUGAUAUUCCAGCAUCCCUUUCCUCCUUUGGUUUCCAGCAUUCCCUUUCCUCCUUUGGUUUCCGGCAUUCCCUUUCCUCCUUUGGUUUUCCGGCAUUCCCUUUCCUCCUUUGUUUCCCGGCAUUUCCCACUUUCCUCCUUUAGUUUCCGGCAUUUCCCGCUUUCCUCCUUGGUAUUCGAAUCCCUUCCGGCAUUCCCUUUCCUCCUUUGGUUUCCAUUUCCUUUCCUCCUUAGUAUUCCAUUUCCCUUUCCUCCUUUGGUUUCCGGCAUUCCCUUUCCUCCUUUGGUUUCGGCAUUCCCUUUCCUCCUUUUGUUUUCAUUUCCCUUUCCUCCUUUAUUCCGGCAUUCCCUUUCCUCCUUUGGUUUCCGGCAUUCCCUUUCCUCCUUUGGUUUUCUCCAUUUCCAUUCCCUUUCCUCCUUUGGUUUCCGGCAUUCCCUUUCCUCCUUUGGUUUCCGGCAUUUCCCUUUCCUCUUUGGUUUCCAGCAUUUCCCUUUCCUCCUUUGGUAUUCAGCAUUUUCCCUUUCCUCCUUGUUUCCGGCAUUUCCUUUCCUCCUUUGGUUUCCGGCAUUUCCCUUUUUCCUCCUUUUGGUUUCCGGCAUUCCUUUCCUCCUUUGGUUUCCGGCAUUCCCUUUCCUCCUUGGUUUUCGAUUCCACUUUCCUCCUUUGGUUUCCGGCAUUCCUUUCCUCCUUUGGUUUCAGCAUUUCCUUUUCCUCCUUUGGUUUCCGGCAUUUCCCGCACUCCUUUGGUUUCCGGCAUUUCCCUUUCCUCCUUGGUAUUCGAAUCCCUUUCCUCCUUGGUUUUCCGGCAUUCCCUUUUCCUCCUUUGGUUUUCGGCCUUUCCCCUUUGGUUUCCUCCCUUUCUCCUUUUCCGGCAUUUCCCUUUCCUCCUUUGGUUUCGGCAUUCCCUUUUCUCCUUUGGCAUUCCUUUCCUCCUUUGGUUUCCGGCAUUUCCCUUUCUCCUUUGGUUUCCGGCAUCCGCUUUCUCCUUUCCGGCAUUUCCCUUUUCCUCCUUUGUAUUCGGCAUUCCCUUUUCCUCCUUUGGUUUCCGGAAUUUCCCUUUCCUCCUUUGGUUUCCGGCAUUUCCUUUCCUCCUUUGGUUUCCGGCAUUUCCCUUUCCUCCUUUGGUUUCAGCUUCCCUUUCCUCCUUUGGUUUUCCGGCAUUUCCCUUUCCUCCUUUGGUUUCCGGCCUUUCCUCCUUGGUAUUCAGAUCCCUUUCCUCCUUUGGUUUCCGGCAUUCCCUUUCCUCCUUUGGUUCCAUUCCCUUUCCUCCUUUGGUUUCCGGCAUUUCCCUUUCCUCCUUUGGUUUCCCGGCAUUCCCUUUCCUCCUUUGGUUUCGGCAUUCCUUUCCUCCUUGUGUUCAGGUCCCACUUCCUCCUUGGUUUCCGGCAUUUCCCACUUUCCUCCCUUUGGUUUCCGGCAUUCCCUUUCCUCCUUUGGUUUCCGGCAUUUCCACUUUCUCCUUUGAAUUUCCGGCAUUCCUUUCUCUUUGGUUUCCGGCAUUUCCUUUCUCCUUUGGUUUUCAGCAUUCCCUUUCCUCCUUUGGUUUCCGGCAUUCCCUUUCCUCCUUUGGUUUCCGGCAUUCCCUUUCCUCCUUUGGUUUCGGCAUUCCCUUUGGUUCCGGCCCCUCCGCGCGGUUUCCGGCAUUCCCACUUUCCUCCUUUGGUUUUCCGGCGUUCCUUUUCCUCCGGCAUUUUUCCUCCGCCAGUUUUCCGUCCCUUUCCUCCUUUGGUUUCCGGCGUUCCUUUUUCCUCCUUUGGUUUCGGCACAUUCGCCUUUUCUCCGCAGUUUUCCGGCAUUCCUUUUCCUCCUUUGGUUUCCGGCAUUCCCUUUUCCUCCUUUGGUUUCCGGCAUUCCCUUUCCUCCGGUUUUCGGCAUUUCCACUUUCCUCCUUUGGUUUCGGCAUUCCUUUCCUCCGGUUUUUCCGGCAUUCCCUUUCCUCCUUUGGUUUCCGGCAUUCCCUUUCCUCCCUUUGGUUUCCGGCAUUCCCUUUCCUCCGCGGUUUUCCGGCAUUCCUUUCCUCCGCUGGUUUCGGCUUCCCUUUGGUUUCCGGCAUUCCCUUUUCCUCCUUGGUUUCCAUUUCCUUUCCUCCGCGGUUUCCGGCAUUCCCUUUUCCUCCUUUGGUUUCGGCAUUCCCUUUCCUCCGCAGUUUUCCGGCAUUCCCUUUCUCCUUUGGUUUCGCUGUUCCUUUCCUCCUUUGGUUUCCGGCAUUCUCCUGAUUUUCGGUUUUCCGGCAUUCCUUUCACUCCUUUGGUUUCGGCAUUCCCUUUUCCUCGCAUUCCUGGUUUUCGGCCCUUUCCCCUUUCCUCCGCAGUAUUCCGGCAUUUCCUUUUCCUCCUUUGGUUCCGCAUUCCUUUCCUCCGCAGUUUUCCGGCAUUCCCGCUUUUCCUCCUUUGGUUUCCGGCAUUCCCUUUCCUCCUUUGGUUUCCGGCCCUUUCCUCCUUUUCCAGCAUUCACUCCUUUGUUUUCCGGCAUUCCCUUUCCUCCUUUGGUUUCCGGCAUUUUUCCUCCAUUUUUCCGGCUUCCCUUUCCUCCUUUGGUUUUCCGGCAUUCCCUUUCCUCCUUUGGUUUCCGGCAUUUCCCUUUUCUCCGCAGUUUUCAUUCCCUUUCCUCCUUUGGUUUCCGGCAUUCCCUUUCCUCCUUUCCGGCAUUUCCCUUUCCUCUCCUUUGGUUCCGGCAUUCCCUUUCCUCCUUUGGUUUCUUCCCUUUCCUCCUUUGUUUUCGGCAUUCCCUUUCCUCCUUUGGUUUCCGGCAUUCCUUUUUCCUCCUUUGGUUUCCGGUUCCCUUUCCUCCUUUGGUUUCAUUCCCUUUCCUCCUUUGGUUUCCGGCAUUCCCCGCGGUUUUCCUCCUUUUUUCCGGUUUCCUUUCCUCCUUUGGUUUCCCAUUCCCUUUCCUCCUUUGGUUUCCGGCAUUCCCUUUCCUCCUUUUGGUUUCCGGCAUUCCCUUUCCUCCUUUGGUUUCCGCAUUCCUUUCCUCCUUUGUUUCCGGCAUUCCCUUUCCUCCUUUGGUUUCGGCAUUCCCUUUCCUCCUUUGUUUUCCGGCAUUCCCUUUCCUCCACAGUUUUCCGGCAUUCCCUUUCUCCUUUUUUUUUCCGACAUUCCCCUCCUUUCCUUUCCGCAGUUUUCCGGCAUUCCCUUUCCUCCUUUGGUUUCCGCAUUCCUUUCCUCCUUUGGUUUCCGGCAUUCCCUUUCCUCCUUUGGUUUCGCACCCACUUUCCGCAUUUCCUCCUUGGCAUUCCCUUUCCUCCGCAGUUUUUCUGGUUUUUUUGGCAUUCCCUUUCCUCCUUUGGUUUCCGCAUUCCCUUUUCCUCCUUUGGUUUCCGGCAUUCCCUUUCCUCUUGGUAUUCCAAUCCCUUUCCUCCUUUCCCUUUCCUCCGCGGGUUUCCGGCAUUCCCCGCUUUCCUCCGCAGUUUUCUCCUUUUGGUUUCCGGCAUUCCCUUUCCUCCUUUGGUUUCCAUUUCCCUUUCCUCCUUUGGUUUUCCGGCAUUCCCUUUCCUCCUUAGUUUUCCGGCAUUCCCUUUCCUCCUUUGUUUUUUCGACAUUCCCGCUUUCCUUUUGGUUUCUUCCUCCUUUGGUUUCUGACAUUCCCUUUCCUCCGCAGUUUUCCUCCGCAUUCCCUUUCCUCCUUGGUUUCCGGUAUUCCUUUCUCCUUUGGUUUCCGGCAUUUCCCCUCCGUUUUUCGGCUCCUUUCCUCCUUCGUUUUCCGGCAUUCCCUUUCCUCCUUUGGUUUCCGGCACAUUCCUCCUUUCCGGCAUUUUCCUUUUCUGACAUCCCUUUCCUCCUUUGGUUUCCGGCAGUUUUCCUCCUUUGGUUCCGACAUUCCCUUUCCUCCGCAGUUUUCCGACAUUCCCACUUUCCUCCGCCGGGCAGUUUUUUUUUCGACAUUUCCGGCAUUCCUUUCCUCCGCAGUUUUCCGGCAUUCCCUUUCCUCCUUUGGUUUCGGCAUUUCCGCAUUUUCCGGCAUUUUUUCUCCUUUUGGUUUCCGCAUUCCCACUUUCCUCCUUUGGUUUUCCGGCAUUUCCCUUUCCUCCUUUUCCUCAUUUGGUUUCCUCCGGCAUUCCCUUUCUCCUUAUUUUCUUUGGUUUCCAUUCGUUUCCUCCGCAGUUUUCUGACAUUCCUUUUCCUCCUUUUUUCCGGCAUUCCUUUUCUUUUGGUUUCGGCAUUCCUUUCCUCCGCGGUUUUCCGGCAUUCCCUUUCCUCCCUUUGGUUUCCUGACAUUUCUUUCCUCCUUUGUUUUCGCAUUCCUUUGGUUUCCGGCAUUCCCUUUGACCGGCAUUCCCUUUCUCCAGUUUUCCCGCUUUCCUCCUUUGACAUUCCCUUUCCUCCUUUGGUUUCCGGACAUUCCCUUUCCUCCGCAGUUUUCCAGCAUUCCCUUUUCCUCCGCAGUUUUUCCUCCGCAUUCCCUUUCCUCCUUUGUUUUCCGGCAUUCCCUUUCCUCCUUUUUUUCCGGCAUUCCUUUUCCUCCUUUGGUUUUGCAUUCCUUUCCUCCUUUGGUUUCCGGCAUUUCCCUUUCCUCCGCAGUUUCCGGUUUCCUCCUUUGGUUCCGGCAUUUUCCUCCUUUGGUUUCAGCAUUCCCUUUCCUCCGCGGUUUCCGGCAUUCCCUUUCUCCUUUGGUUUCCGGCGUUCCCUUUCCUCCUUUGGUUUCCGGCAUUCCCUUUCCUCCAGUUUUCCGGCAUUUUCCCUUUCCUCCUUUGGUUUCCGGCAUUCCCUUUCCUCCUCCGGCAUUCCUCCCGCAGCAUUCCCUUUCCUCCUUUGUUUUCCGGCAUUCCCUUUCCUCCUUUGGUUUUCAGUUUUCCCUUUCCUCCGCAUUCCCUUUCCCCGCACCCUCCCUUUGGUUUCCAUUCCCGCCUCCUCCCUUUGGUUUUCAUUCCCCUUUCCUCAGCUUUUCCGGUUCCGGCACUUUCCUCCUUUGGUUUCCGGCAUUCCUUCUCCUUUGGUUUCAUUCCCUUUCCUCCUUUGGUUUAGUUUUUCCUCCUUUGGUUUCGGCAUUUCCCUUUCCUCCUUUGUUUUCCGGCAUUUUUCCUCCUGCAGUUUUCCGGCAUUCCCUUUCCUCCGCAGUUUUCCGGCAUUCCCUUUCCUCCGCAGUUUUCCGGCAUUCCCUUUCCUCCUUUGGUUUCCGGCAUUCCCUUUCCUCCUUUGGUUUCCGGCAUUCCCUUUCCUCCUUUUGGUUUCCGGCAUUUCCCUUUCCUCCCCUUGGUUUCCGGCAUUCCCUUUCCUCCUUUGGUUCCGGCAUUUUCCUUUUUGUUUCCUUCCUUUCCUCCGUUUUCCGGCAUUCCCUUUCCUCCUUUGUUUUCCGCGGUUUCCGACAUUCCCUUUCCUCCUUGGUUUUCCGACAUCCCUUUCCUCCUUUGGUUUCGGCAUUCCCUUUUCCUCCUUUGGUUUCAGUUUUUCCUCCUUUGGUUUCCGGCAUUCCCUUUCCUCCUUUGGUUUCCGGCAUUUUCCUCCUUUGGUUUCCGGCAUUCCCUUUCCUCCUUUGGUUUCCGGCAUUCCCUUUCCUCCGCAGGUUUCCGACAUUCCCUUUCCUUUUCCGGCAUUUUUCCUCCAUUCCGGCUUUUCCUCCUUUGGUUUCGGCAUUUCCUUUUCCUCCUUUGGUUUCCGGCCCUUUUCCUCCUUUGGUUUCCGGCAUUCCCUUUCCUCCGCAGGCAUUUCCGGCAUUCCCUUUCCUCCUUUAGUUUCCGGCAUUCCCUUUCCUCCGCGGUUUUUCCGGCAUUCCCUUUCCUCCUUUGGUUUUCCUCACAUUUUCCUUUCCCUUUCCUCCUUUGGUUUCCGGCAUUUCCCUUUCCUCCUUUGGUUUCCGGCAUUCCCUUUCCUCCGCAGUUUUCCGCAUUCCCUUUCCUUUUCCCUUUCCUCCUUUGGUUUCCGGCAUUCCCUUUCCUCCUUUGGUGGUUCGGCCAUUUCCUUUUCCUCCUUUGGUUUUCCGCAUUUUCCGGCAUCCCCUUUCCUCCUUUGGUUUCCGGCUUUUCCGGCAUUCCCUUUCCUCCUUUGGUUUCCGGCAUUCCUUUUUCCUCCUUGGUUUUCCGCGCAUUUCCGGCGUUUCCCUUUCCAUCCUUUGGUUUCCGGCAUUUUUUCCUCCCUUUUGGUUUCCGGCAUUCCCUUUUCCUCCUUUGGUUUCGGCAUUUUUCUGACAUUCCCUUUCUCCUUUGUUUUCCGGCAUUCCCUUUCCUCCUUUGGUUUCCGGCAUUCCUUUCCUCCUUUGGUUUCCAUUCCCUUUCCUCCUUUGGUUUCCGGCAUUCCCUUUUCCUCCUUUGGUUUCGGCAUUCCCUUUCUCCGCAGUUUUCCGGCAUUCCCUUUCUCUUUGUUUCGGCAUUCCUUUCCUCCUUUUCCGGCAGUUUUCCGACAUUCCUUUCCUCCUUUGGUUUCCGGCAUUCCCUUUCCUCCUUUUGCUCCGGAAUCCCUUUCCUCGCAUUUUCCGGCAUUUCCCGCUUUCCUUUGGUUUCCGGCAUUCCUUUUCCUCCUUUGGUUUCCGGCAUUCCCUUUCCUCCGCAGGUUUCCGGCAUUCCCUUUCCUCCUUUGGUUUCCGGCAUUCCCUUUCCUCCUUUGGUUUCCGGCAUUCCCUUUCCUCCUUUUUCCGGUUUCCUCCUUGGUUUCCGGCAUUCCCUUUCUCCCUUUGGUUUCCGGCAUUCCCUUUCCUCCGCAUUUUCUUUCCCUUUUCCUCCUUUGGUUUCCCCGCAUUCCCUGGUUUCCCGUUUCCAGCAUUCCCUUUCCUCCUUGGUUUCCGAAUCCCUUUCCUCCUGGUUUUCCGGCAUUCCCUUUCCUCCUUAGUUUUCGGCAUUCCCUUUUUUCCUCCUUUGGUUUCCGGCAUUUCCCUUUCCUCCUUUGGUUUCCGGCAUUCCCUUUCCUCCGCAGUUUCCGGCAUUUCCCGUUUCCUCCUUUGGUUUCCGACAUUUCCCUUUCCUCCUUUUUUCGGCAUUCCCUUUCCUCCUUUGGUUUCCGGCAUUCCCUUUCCUCCUUUGGUUUCCGGCAUUCCCUUUUCCUCCUUUGGUUUCCGGCAUUCCCUUUCCUCCUUUGUUUUCCAUUCCCUUUCCUCCUUUUUCCGGCAUUUCCUUUCCUCCUUUGGUUCCGGCAUUCCCUUUCCUCCUUUUUUUCGGCAUUUCCCUUUCCUCCUUUGGUUUUCCGGCAUUCCUUUUCCUCCUUUGGUUCCGGCAUUCCCUUUCCUCCUUUGGUUUCCGGCAUUUCCCUUUUUCCUUUAGUUUCCGGCAUUCCCUUUCCUCCUUUGGUUUCCGGCAUUCCCUUUUCCUUGGACAUUUUCCUCCUUUCCUUCCUUAGUUUUCCGACAUUCCCUUUCCUCCCUUUGGUUUCCGGCAUUCCCUUUUUCCUCCGCAGGUUUCCGGCAUUCCCUUUCCUCCUUUGGUUUCCGGCAUUCCCUUUUCCUCCUUUGGUUUCCGGCGUUCCCUUUCCUCCUUGGUUUCCGAAUCGCACCCUUUCCUCCGGUUUUCCGGCAUUCCCUUUCCUCCUUUGGUUUCCAUUCCCUUUCCUCCUUUGGUUUCCGGCAUUCCCUUUCCUCCUUUGGUUUCCGGCAUUCCCUUUCCUCCGGUUUCAUUCCCUUUCCUCCUUUGGUUUCCGGCAUUCCCUUUCCUCCUUUGGUUUCCGCAUUCCCUUCCUCCUCCUUUUUCCUUUUGGUUUCCGCAUUCCCUUUCCUCCUUUGUUUUUCGGCAUUCCCUUUUCCUCCUUUGGUUUCCGGCAUUUCCCUUUCCUCCUUUGGUUUCGGCAUUCCCUUUCCUCCUUUGGUUUCGGCGUUCCUUUCCUCCGCAGGCAUUUUUCCUCCUUUGGUUUCCGGCAUUUCCCUUUCCUCCUUUGGUUUCGGCAUUCCCUUUCCUCCUUUGGUUCCGGCAUUCCCUUUCCUCCUUUGGUUUCCGGCAUUCCUUUCCUCCUUUGGUUUCCGGCAUUUCCUUUCCUCCUUUGGUUUCCAUUCCCUUUCCUCCUCGGUAUUCCCGGUUUUCGGCGGCAUUUUGGUUUCCGGCAUUCCCUUUCCUCCUUUGGUUUCCGGCAUUCCCUUUCCUCCGGUAUUUCGGUUCCCUUUCCUCCUUUGGUUUCCGGCAUUCCCACUUUCCUCCUUUGGUUUCCGGCAUUCCUUUCCUCCUUUUUUCCGGCAUUUCCCUUUCCUCCUUUGGUUUCCGGCAUUCCCUUUCCUCCGCAGUUUUCCGGCAUUCCCGCUUUCCUCCUUUGGUUUCCGGCAUUCCCGCUUUCUCCUUUGGUUUCAUUUCCCUUUUCAUUCCCUUUCCCUUUCCUCCUUUGGUUUUCCGGCAUUCCUUUCCUCCUUUGGUUUCCGGCAUUCCCUUUCCUCCUUAGUUUUGCAUUCCCUUCCGGCAUUUUUCUCCUUUGGUUUCCGGCAUUCCUUUCCUCCUUUGGUUUCCGGCGUUUCCCUUUUCCUCCUUUGGUUUCAGCAUUUUCCUCCUUUGGCCGGCAUUCCCUUUCCUCCUUUGGUUCCGGCAUUCCCUUUCCUCCUUUGGUUUCCGGCAUUUUCUCCUUUGGUUUCGGCAUUCCCUUUCCUCCUUUACAGUUUCCGGCAUUUCCUUUUCCUCCUUUGGUUUCCGGCAUUCCCUUUCCUCCUUUGGUUUCCGGCAUUCCCUUUCCUCCUUGGCAUUCCGGAAUUCGCUCCGCAGUUUUUCCAUUUCACCUCCGGUUUUCCGGCAUUCCCUUUCCUCCUUUGGUUUCCGGCAUUCCCUUUCCUCCUUUGGUUUUCGGCAUUCCCUUUCCUCCUUUUGGUUUUGGUUUUUCCCGCAUUUUAAGCCUUCCUUUCCUCCUUUGGUUUCUCCUUGGUUUCCGCAUUCCCUUUCCUCCUUGUUUCCGCAUUCCGCGGUUUCCGGCAUUCACUCCAACACAGUUUCCGGCAUUCCUUUGGUUUCAUCGGCAUUCCUUUCUCCUUUUGUUUCUUUCUCCUUUGGCAUUCCCUUUCUCCGUAGUUCGCUUUCUCCUCUUUGCAUUCCCUUUCCUCCUUGUUUUCCGCAUUCCCUUUCCUCCUUUGUUUUCGCAUUUCCCUUUCCUCCUUUGGUUUCCGCAUUCCCUUUCCUCCUUUUCCUCCGUUUUUUCCUCCUUUGGCAUUCCCUUUCCUCCUUUGGUUUUCCGGCAUUCCCUUUCCUCCUUUUGGUUUUUCCUCCUUUGGCAUUCCCUUUCCUCCGCAGUUUUUCGGCAUUCCUUUCCUCCGCAGUUUUCCGGCAUUCCCUUUCCUCCUUUGGUUUCCGGCAUUCCCUUUCCUCCUUUGGUUUCCGCAUUUCCUUUCCUCCUUUGGUUUCGGCAUUCCUUUCCUCGCAGUUUUCCGGCAUUCCCUUUCCUCCGGUUUUCCGGCAUUCCCUUUCCUCCGCAGUUUUCCGGCAUUCCCUUUCCUCCUUUGGUUCCGCAUUUUUCCUCCUUUGGUUUCCGCAUUCCCUUUUCCUCCUUUGGUUUCCGGCAUUCCCUUUCCUCCUUUGGUUUCCGGCAUUCCCUUUCCUCCGCCGGUUUUCCGGUUUUUCCUCGCAUUUUCCGGCAUUCCCUUUCCUCUGCCCGGCAUUUUUCCUCCUUUGGUUUCCGCAUUUCCCUUUCCUCCUUUGGUUUCCGGCAUUCCUUUCCUCCUUUGGUUUCCCAUUUCCUUUCCUCCGCAGUUUUCCGGCAUUCCCCUUUUCCUCCCUUUCAGUUUUUUCCGGCAUUCCCUUUCCUCCUUUGCAUUCCUUUCCUCCUUUGGUUUUCCGGCAUUCCCUUUCCUCCUUGGUAUUCCGGAAUCCUUUCUCCGUUUUCGGCAUUCCCUUUCCUCCGCAGUUUUCCGGACAUUCCUUUUCCUCCGCAGUUUUCCAGCAUUCCCUUUCUCCUUUUAGUUUUUCAUUCCCUUUCCUCCUUUGUUUUCCGGCAUUCCUUUUCUCCUUUUGGUUUCCGGAAUCCCUUUCCUUUCCUCCUUUGGUUUUCCGGCAUUCCCCUUUCCUCCGCCAGUUUUCCGCAUUCCUUUCCUCCGCAUUUCCGGCAUUCCUUUCUCCUUUGGUUUCCGGCAUUCCCUUUCCUCCGCCAGUUUUCGACGUCCCUUUCCUCCUUUGGUUUCCGGCAUUCCUUUCCUCUUUGGUUUCUGGCAUUCCCUUUUCCUCCACCAGUUUUCCGGCGUUCCUUUCCUCCUUUGGUUUCCGGCGUCCCUUUCCUCCUUUGGUUUCCGGCAUUCCCUUUCCUCUGGUUUCCGGCAUUCCUUUCCUCCUUUGGUUUCCAGCAUUCCUUUCCUCCGGUUUUCCGGCAUUCCUUUUCCUCCUUUGGUUUCCGGCAUUCCCUUUCCUCCCUUUGGUUUCCGGCGACCCUUUCCUCCUUUGAUUUCCGGCGAUUCCUUUCCUCCGCUGGUUUCGGCAUUCCCUUUCGCAGAUUUCCGGCGUUCCCUUUCCUCCAUACGGUUUCCAGCAUUUCCCUUUCCUCCGCAGUUUUCCGGCAUUCCCUUUCCUCCUUUGGUUUCCCGGCAUUCCCUUUCCUCCGCGGUUUUCCGGCAUUCCCUUUCCGCCUUUUCCGGUUUCCGGCUUUCCUCCUUUGGUUUUUCAUUUCCCUUUCCUCCUUUGGUUUCCAUUCCCUUUCCUCCUUUGGUUUUCCGGUUUCGGCAUUCCUUUCCUCCUUAGGUUUCCAGCAUUCCCUUUCCUCCUUUGGUUUUCAGCAUUCCCUUUCCCCUCCGCAGGUUUCCGACAUUCCCUUUCCUCCGCAGUUUUCCUCCUUUGGCAUUCCCCUUUCUCCGCAGUUUUCCGGCAUUCCCUUUCCCUCCUUUGGUUUCCGCAUUCCCUUUUCCCUUUCCUCUCCGCAUUCCCUUUCCUCCUUUGGUUUCCGGCAUUCCCUCCUUUUGGUCUCCUUUGGUUUCCGGUUCCCUUUCCUCCUUUUGGUUUCCGGACAUUUCCUUUCCUCCUUUUUUCCGGCAUUUCCCACUUUUCCCGCUUUGGUUUCCAUCUUCCUUUCUCCGCAGUUUUCCGGCAUUUCCCUUUCCUCCGCAGUUUUCCGGCAUUCCCUUUCCUCCGCAGUUUUCCGGCAUUCCCUUUCCUCCUUUUGGUUUCCCCUUUCUCCUUUGGCAUUCCCCUUUUCUCCGGCAGUUUUCCGGCAUUCCCUUUCCUCCUUUGGUUUUCCGGCAUUCCCUUUCCUCCGCAGUUUUUCCUCACCAUUUUCGUUUCCUCCGCAGUUUCCUGACAUUCCCUUUCCUCCUUUAAUUUUCCGACAUUCCUUUCCUCCUUUGAAGUUUCCGACAUUCCCUUUCCUCGGUGGUUUCAGCGACCCUUCCCGUUUCUUUCCGCAGUUUCCCGCAUUUCCCUUUCCUCCUUUGGUUUCGGCAUUCCUUUCCUCCUUUUGGUUCCGGCAUUCCUUUCCUCCUUUGGUUUCCGCAUUCCUUUCCUCCUUUUGGUUUCCGGCAUUCCUUUUGGUUUCCUCCCUUUGGUUUUCCCGACAUUUCCCUUUCUCCUUUGGUUUCCGGCAUUCCCUUUCUCCUUUGGUUUCCAUUUUUUCCUCCUUUGUUCCGGCAUUCCCUUUUCCUCCUUUGUUUUCCGACAUUCCCUUUCCUCCUGCAGUUUUCCGGCAUUCCCUUUCUCCUUUGGUUUCAUUUCCCUUUUCCUUUUCUGACAUUUCCAUUUUCCUCCUUUGGUUUCGACAUUCCUUUCCUCCGCAGUUUUCCGACAUUUCCUUUCCUCCUUUGGUUUUCUGGCAUUCCUUUCCUCCUUUUGUUUCAGCAUUCCCUUUCCUCCUUUGGUUUCCGCAUUCCCUUUUCCCUCCUUUUGUUUCGGCAUUCACUUUCCUCCUUUGUUUUCCCAGCAUUCCUUUCUCCACCCAAUUUUCCGCAUUCCUUUCCUCCACCAAUCCUUGGUACCCUUUGGUUUCCAGCAUUCCUUUUCCUCCUUUGUUUCCAUCCGCAUUCCUUUCCUCCUUGUUCCCUUUCCGCAUUCCCUUUCUCUUUGCAUUUUCCUCCUUUAAUUUCCGCAUUCCCUUUCUCCCCUUUGUUUUCCCGGCAUUUCUUUCCUCCCUUUGCAUUCCCUUUCCUCCUUUCCAUUCCCUUUCCUCCUUUGGUUUCCGACAUUCCCUUUCCUCCUUUUUUCGCAUUUCCCUCCCUUUGAUUUGCUUUUCCCUUUUCCUCCUUUGGUUUCCUCCUUUGUUUCGCAUUCCCUUUCCUCCCUUUGGUUUCCGGCAUUUCCCUUUGUUUCCGGUUUUUUCCUCCAUGAUUUCAGCAUUCCCUUUCCUCCUUUGGUUUCCGCAUUCCCUUUCUCCUUUGGUUUGCAUUUCCCUUUCCUCCUUUUUCCGCAUCCCUUUCCUUUGGUUUCCCGGCAUUUCCUUUCCUCCUUUGUUUUCUGACAUUCCCUUUCUCCUUAGUUUUCUGACAUUCCUUUGGUUUUCCAGCAUUCCCUUUCCUCCUUUGGUUUCCAGCAUUCCUUUCCUCCUUUUGCUUCCGCAAUUUUCCUCCUUUUGGUUUCCCAUUUUCUCCGCAUUUUUCCUCCUUAGUUCCCUUUUUCCUCCGCAGCGUUUCCGCAUUCCCUUUCCUCCUUUGGUUUCCCUUUCUCCUUCCCUUUCCUCCUUUGGUUUCCGCAUUUCCCUUUACUCCUUUGAGUUUCCAGCAUUCCCUUUCCUCCUUUGUUUUCCAUUUCCUUUUCCUCCCUUUGGUUUCCGGCAUUUUUCCUCCUUUGGUUUCGCUUCCCUUUCCCUUUCCUCCUUUUUCCUUGGUUUCCGGCAUUCCUUUCCUCUUUCGGCAUUUUUCCUCCAUGAUUUUUCAGCAUUUUCUCCUUUGGUUUCCCAUUUUUCCUCCUUCCCAUUUCCUCCCAGUUUUCCGGCAUUCCCUUUCCUCCUUUGGUUUCCCUUUUCCUCCUUGGUUUCCGGCAUUCCCUUUCCUCCUUUGUUUCCCGCAUUUCCCUUUCUCUUUGGUUUCCAUAUUUCCUCCUUUCCUCCGCAGUUUUCCCGCAUUCCUUUCCUCCUUUGUUUCCGCAUUCCCUUUCCUCCUCCAUUUCCCUUUCUCCGCAGUUUUCCCUUUCUCCUUUGUUUCCUUUCCUCCGUGUUUUCCGGCAUUCCCUUUCCUCCUUUGUAUUCGGGGUGCAUUCCUCUUUCCUCCUUUUUUUCAGCAUUCCCUUUCCUCUUUUUCCCACAGUUUUUCCUCCUUUGUUUCCCUUCCUCCUUUGGUUUGCUUUUUCCUCCUUUGUUUCCGGCAUUCCUUUCUCCUUUGGUUUCAGCAUUCCUUUCCUCCUUUGGUUUCCGGCAUUCCCUUUCUCCUUUUGGUUUUCCGCAUUCCUUUCCUCCUUUUGGUUUCCAGCAUUCCCUUUCCUCCACCAGUUUCCAGCAUUCCCUUUUCCUCCUUUGGUUUCCUUUCCUUUCCUCCUUUGGUUUCCUUCCCCUUUCCUCACAAUUUUCAGCAUUCCACUUUCUCCCGCAGUUUUCCAUUCCUUUCCUCUUUGGUUCCAGCAUUCCCUUUUCUCCCUCCUUGGUUCCUUGUUACUUUUCCUCCUUUGUUUUGUAUUCCCUUUCCUCCUUUGGUUUCCAGCAUUUCCCUUUCCUCCUUUGGUUUCCGGCAUUUCCUUUCCUCCUUUGCUUUCCUUUCCUUUCCUCCUUUGGUUUCCGGCAUUCCCUUUCCUCACCGGCAUUUCCUUUCCCUUUCCCUUUCCUCCUUUGCUUUCCAUUCCUUUUCCUUAGUUCAGAAUCCUCCCCUUUCUCCUUUGGUUUCCGGCAUUUCCCUUUCCCCGCAGUUUUCCGGCAUUCCCCUUUUAUCCUUUGGUUUCCUUUUCCUUUUGGUUCCGGCAUUCCCUUUCCUCCUUUCCUUCCCUUUCCUCCUUUGGUUUCCAGCAUUUUUUCCUCCUUUGGUUUUCAGCAUUCCUUUCCUCCUUUGCUUCCUUUCCUCCUUUGGUUUCCCUUUCCUCCUUGUGUUCCCUUUCCUUUUGUUUCAGCCCUUUCCUCCUUUGGUUUCCACUCCACUCCUUUCAGCAUUCCCUUUCCUCCUUUGGUUUCCGGCAUUCCUUUUCCUCCUUUGCUUUGGUUUUCCUCCAUUUCCUUUCCUCCUUUGGUUUCCGGCAUUCCUUUCCUCCGCCAUUUUCCCCUCCCUUUAUUCCGGCAUUCGUAUUCGGCAUUCCCUUUCCUCCUUUGCUUUCCGGCAUUCCCUUUCCUCCUUGGUUUCCGGGAAUCCUUUCCUCCUUUGUUUCGGCAUUUUCCCUUUUUCCUCCUUUGGUUUCCGGCAUUCCCUUUCCUCCUUUGGUUUCCGGCAUUCCCUUUUCCUCCUUUGGUUUUUCCCUUUCCUCCUUGGUAUUCCAGAUCGCGCACCAUAACUCCCUUUCCGGCAUCCUUUCCUCCGCAGUUUUCCGGCAUUCCUCCUUUGGUUCCGGCCCAUCCUUUGGUUCCGGCAUUCCCUUUCCUCCGGCGUUUCCACUAUGUUUUCCGGCAUUCCCUUUCCUCCUUUGCUUUCCGGCGUUCCUUUCCUCCUUUGGUUUCCGGAAUCCCCUUUCCUCCGCAGGUUUCCGGCAUUCCCUUUUCCUCCAUUUCGGCAUUUUUUCCUCCUGUUCCAGCAUUCCCUUUCCUCCUUUUGGUUUCAUUUCCCUUUCCUCCUUUGCUUUCCAGCAUUUGCUCGGCAUUCCCUUUCCUCCUUGGUUUCCAGCAUUCCCUUUCCUCCUUUUCCGGCAUUCCCUCCUCCCCUUUGGUUUCAUUCCCUUUCCUUUCCGGCUUCCCUUUCCUCCUUUGCUUUCCGGCAUUCCCUCCUUGGUAUUCCUCCUUUCCUCAACGGUUUCCGGCAUUUCCCUUUCCUCCGCGGUUUCGGCAUUCCCUUUCCUCCUUUGGUAUUCGGCAUUCCUUUCUCCUUUCGGCAUUUUUUCCUCCUUUGCUUUCCGGCAUUCCCUUUCCUCCGCAGUUUCCCUUUUCCUCCUUUGGUUUCCAGCAUUCCCUUUCCUCCUUUGGUUUUCAUUCCCUUUCCUCCUUUGGUUUCCGGCAUUCCCUUUCCUCCUUUGGUUUCCGGCAUUUCCUUUCCUCCGCAAUUUUCCAGCAUUCCCUUUUCCUCCAUGAUUUUCCGGCAUUCCCUUUCCUCCUUUGGUUUCGGCAUUCCUUUUCCUCUUUGGUUUCGGCAUUUCCCUUUCCUCCUUUGGUUUCCAGCAUUCACUUUCUCCUUUGGUUUCAGCAUUCCCUUUCCUCCUUUGGUUUUCAGCAUUCCCUUUCCUCCGCAAUUUUCCAGCAUUCCCUUUCCUCCGCAGUUUUCAGCAUUUCCCUUUCCUCCUUUGGUUCCAUUUCCCUUUUCCUCCUUUGGUUCCAUUUCCCCUUUCCUCCCUUUGGUUUCAGCAUUUCCCUUUCCUCCUUUGGUUUUCGGCACCACUUUCCUCCUUGGCCUUCCAAUCCCUUUCCUCUUGGUUUCCGGCAUUCCCUUUCCUCCUUUGAUUUUCCGGCAUUUCCCUUUUCCUAUUCCAUUCCUUUCCUUUUGGUUUCCGGCAUUUCCUCCUUUGCUUUCCGGCAUUCCUUUCCUCCGCAGUUUUCCGGCAUUUCCUUUUCCUCCUUUGGUUUUCCGGCAUUUCCCUCCUCCUCCUUUGGUUUUCGGCAUUCCCUUUCUCCUUUUCCGGCAUUCCCUUUCCCCUUUCCCUUCCCCCUUUCCUCCUUUGCUUUCCGGCAUUUCCCUUUUCCUCCAAUUUUCCAGCAUUCCCCUUUCCUCCCGCAAUUUUCCAGCAUUCCCUUUCCUCCUUUGGUUUCCAGCAUUCCCUUUCCUCCUUUGGUUUCCGGCAUUUCCCUUUCCUCCCUUUGGUUUCAGCUUCCCUUUCCUCCGCAGUUUUCCGGCAUUCCCUUUCCUCCACCAGUUUUCCAGCAUUCGCACCUCCUUUGGUUUCCAGCCUUUCCCUUUCUUCAGUUUCCCUUUCCCCUUUCACUUCCUUUUUUCCUCCUUUCCGGCCCUUUCCUCCACUUUGGUUUCCGGCAUUGCCUUUCCUUUCCUUUCUUUCCCUUUCUCACAUUUCCCAUUUCCUUUCUCCACCAAUUUUCCGGCAUUUCCCUUUCCUCCUUUGCUUUCCGGCAUUCCCUUUCCUCCUUUGUUUCCAGCAUCCCUUUCCUCCUUUGGUUUCCGGCAUUCCUUUCCUCCUUUGCAUUUCCUUUCCUCCGCGGUUUCCGGCAUUUCCUUUCUCUUUGGUUUCCAGCAUUUCCUUUUUCCUCCUUUGGUUCCGGCAUUUCCUUUCCUCCUUUGCUUUCCGGCAUUCCCUUUUCCUCCUUUGCUUUCCGGCAAUUUCCUCCUUGGUAUUUCGAGAAUCCCACCACUCCCUUUGGUUUCCGGCAUUUCCCUUUCCUCCGCGGUUUUUCACAUUCCCUUUCCUCCUUUGGUAUUCCGGCAUUCCCUUUCCUCCUUUGGUUUCCAUUCCCUUUCCUGCAAUUUUCCGGCAUUCCCUUUCCUCCUUUGUUUUCCGGCAUUCCCUUUCCUCCACCCAGUUUUCGGCUUUCCCUUCCUCCUUUGGUUUCCGGCAUUUCCCUUUCCUCCGCAUUCCGGCAUCCCUUUCCUCCUUUGGUUUCCGGCAUUCCCUUUUCCUCCACCAAUUUUUCCUCCUUUGGUUUUUCCGGCAUUUCCUUUCCUCCGCGGUUUUCCGGCAUUCUUCCUCCUUUGGUAUUCCGGCAUUCCCUUUUCUCACUCCUUUGGUUUCCGGCAUUCCCUUUCCUCCUUUGCUUUCCUCCUUUCCUCCGCAGUUUCCGGCAUUCCUUUCCUCCGCAGUUUUCCGGUUUCCCUUUCUUGAUGGUUUCCGGCAUUUCCCUUUCCUCCUUUGGUUUCCGGCAUUUCCCUUUUACCUCCCUUUGGUUUCCGGCAUUUCCCUUUCCUCCCGCGGAUUUUCCAGCAUUCCCUUUCCUCCGCGUUUCCGGCAUUCCCUUUCCUCCUUUGGUUCCGGCAUUCCCUAUCCUUUGGUUUCGGCAUUCCCUUUCCUCCUUUGGUUUCCAGAAUUCCCUUUCCCUCCUUUGGUUUCGGCAUUCCCUUCCUCCUUUGGUUUCCGGCAUUUCCCUUUCCUCCUUUUUCCUUUUUCCUCCUUUGUUUUCCGGCUUUCCCCUUUCCUCCGCAGUUUUCAGUUUCCUCCCGCAGUUUCCUUUCCCUCCUUUUGGUUUCCAUUCCUUUCUCCUUUGGUUUCCAUUCCCUUUCCUCCUUUGGUUUCCGGCAUUUCCCUUUCCUUUUUCCGGCAUUCACUUUCCUCCGGUUUUCCGGCAUUCCCUUUCCUCCUUUGUUUCCGGCAUUCCCUUUUCCUCCUUUGGUUUCCGGCAUUCCCUUUUCCUCCUUUGGUUUCCGGCAUUCCCUUUCCUCCUUUGGUUUCCGGCAUUCCUUUCCUCCUUUGGUUUCCGGCAUUCCCUUUCUCCUCCGCAGUUUUUCGGCAUUCCUUUUCCUCCACCAAUUUUUCAGCAUUCCCUUUCCUCCCUUUGGUUUCCCGGCUUUCCCCUUUUCCUCCUUGGUUUCCGGCAUUCCCUUUCCUCCCGCAGUUUCCGGCAUUCCCUUUCCUCCUUUGGUUUCCGGCUUCCCUUUCCUCCCUUUCCGGUUCCCUUUCCUCCGCCAGUUUUCCAUUCCCACCUUUGGUUUCCGGCAUUCCCUUUCCUCCUUUGGUUUUCCAGCAUUCCCUUCCUCCUUUGGUUUCAGCAUUCCCUUUCAUCCUUUUCCAGGCUCCCUUUCCUCCUUUGGUUCAGCAUUCCCUUUUCCUCCACGCAAUUUUCAGCAUUCCCUUUUCCUCUUGGUUUUCCUUCCCUUUCCUCCUUGGUUCCUUCCCUUUCCUCCUUUGGUUUCCGGCAUUCCCUUUCCUCCUUUGUUUUCCAGCAUUUCCCUUUCCUCCAUAGUUUUCCGGCAUUUCCCUUUCCUCCUUUGUUUCCGGCAUUCCCUUUUCCUCCUUUGUUUCCGGCAUUUCCUUUCUCCUUUGGUAUUCAUUUCCCUUUUCUCCCUUUGGUUUCCGGCAUUUCUUUUCCUCCCCUUUGGUUUCAGCAUUCCCUUUUCCUCCUUUGGUUUUCGAAUUUCCUUUCCUCCGCAGUUUCCGGCAUUCCCUUUCCUCCAUUCAUUUCCGGCAUUUCCCAUUUUUCCUCCUUUGGUUUCAGCAUUUCCCCUUUCCUCCUUUGGUUUCCGGCAUUUCCCUUUCCCUCCUUUGAACCCGGCAUUCCCUUUCCUCCUUUGGUUUCCGGCAUUCCCUUUCCUCCUUUGGUUUCCUUUCUCCGCAGUUUUCCCCCUUCCUCCUUUGGUUUCCAGCAUUCCCUUUCCUCCUUCAAUUUCCAGCAUUCCCACUUUCCUCCCAAUUUUCCAGCAUUUCCCUUUCCUUUGGUUUUUUCCAGCAUUCCCUUUCCUCCUUUGGUUUCCUUUCCUUUCCUCCUUUGGUUUCCCCGCAUUUCCCCUUUCCUCCUUUGGUUUCAGCAUUCCCUUUUCUCCCUUUUUUUCCGGCAUUCCUUUCCUCCACAAUUUUCCCAGCAUUCCUUUCCUCCACCAAUUCAGCAUUCCCUUUUCCUCCUUUGUUCCAGCAUUCCCUUUCCUCCUUUUGGUUUCCGGCAUUUCCCUUUCCUCCUUUGUUUCCGGCAUUCCCUUUCCUCCUUUGGUUCCGGCAUUCCCUUUCCUCCGCAAUUUUCAGCAUUCCCUUUCCUCCGCAAUUUUCAGCCCUUUUUCCUCCUUUGGUUUUCCAUUUCCCUUUCCUCCUUUUUUCCUCCUUUAUUUGUUUCCAGCAUUUCCUUUCCUCCUUUUUUUUCAGCAUUCCCUUUCCUCCUUUGGUUUUGGCAUUCCCUUUUCCUCCCUUUGGUUUCCUUUUCCCUUUUCCUCCUUUGGUUUUCCAGCAUUCCCUUUCCUCCUUUGGUUUCCGGCAUUCCUUUUCCUCCUUUGGUUUCGGCGUCCCUUUCCUCCUUUGGUUUCCGGCAUUCCCUUUUCCUCCUUUGGUUUCCGGCAUUCCCUUUCCUCCGCAGUUUUCCGGCAUCCCUUUCCUCCGCAGUUUUCCAGCAUUUCUUUCCUCCUUUGGUUUCCCCCUUUCCUCCUUUGGUUCAACAUUUUCCCACUUUCCGGCAUUCCCUUUCCUCCUUUGCUUUCCGGCAUUCCCUUUCCUCCUUGGUAUUCAGGAAUGCCUCUUUGGUUUCCGGCAUUCCUUUCCUCCGCCAUUUUCCCUUUCCUUCCUUUCCUUUGGUUUCCGGCAUUCCCUUUUUCCUCCCAGCAUUUCUUUUCCCACAGUUUUCCGGCAUUUUCCUCCCUUUGGUUUCCCGGCAUUCCUUUCUCCUCCUUUACCGAGUUUUUCCUCCUUUGGUUCCGGCAUUCCCUUUCCUCCUUUGCUUCCGGCAUUCCUUUUCCUCCUUGGUAUUCCGGAAUCCCUUUCCCCUUUCCGGUUUUCCUUUCCCCAUGAUUUUCCAGUUUUCCUUUCCUCCUUUCCUUCAGCAUUCCCUUUUUUCCAGCAUUUCCCCUUUCCUCCUUUGUUUCCGGCGACCCUUUCCUCCUUUGGUUUCCGGCAUUCCCUUUCUCCUUGGUUUUCCGGAUCCUCCUUUCCUUUCGGCAUUCCCUUUCCUCCUUCCUUUCCUCCUUUGGUUUCCGGCAUUCCCUUUCCUCCUUUUUUCCAGCAUUCCCUUUCCUCCUUUUUUCCAGCAUUCCCUUUUCCUCCUUUGGUUUCCAGCAUUCCCUUUCCUCCUUUGGUUUUUUUUUUUUUCCAGCAUUCCCUUUCACUUUAGUUUCCGGCAUUUCCUUUCCUCCUUUGUUUUCCAUUUCACUUUCCUCCUUUGGUUUUCCGGCAUUUCCCUUUUCCUCCUUUGGUUUCCGGCAUUCCCUUUCCUCCUUUGGUUUCCAGCAUUCCCUUUCCUCCCGCAAUUUUCCAUUCCCUUUCCUCCACCAGUUUUCCGGCAUUCCCUUUCCUCCUUUGGUUUCCGGCAUUCCUUUCCUCCUUUGGUUUCCGGCAUUCCUUUUCCUCCUUUGGUUUCCAUUCCUUUCCUCCACCUUUUCCGGCAUUCCUUUCCUCCUUACAUUCCUUUCCUCCUUUGGUUUCCCAUUUCCUUUCCUCCUUUGGUUUCCAGCAUUCCCUUUUUCCUCCUUUGGUUUCCAGCAUUCCUUUCUCCUUUGGUUUCCAGCAUUCCCUUUCCUCCGCCAGUUUUCAAGCCAUUCCCUUUCCUCCGCAGUUUCCAUUCCCUUUCCUCGAACGCAUUUUUUAAACCCUUUCCUCUUUGGUUUCCAGCAUUCCCUUUCCUCCUUUGCUUUCCUCCCUUUGGUUCAUUCCUUUCCUCCGCCAGUUUUCCGGCAUUUCCCUUUCCUCCGCAGUUUUCCGGCAUUCCCUUUUCUCCUUUGGUUUCCGGCAUUUCCCUUUCCUCCUUUGGUUUCCGGCAUUCCCUUUCCUCCUUUGGUUUCCGGCUUUCCUUUCCUUCCUUUGGUUCCUUGGCAUUCCCUUUCCUCCUUUCCUCCGUUUUCGGCAUUCCCUUUUCCUCCGCAGUUUUCCGGCAUUCCCUUUCCUCCACCGUUUCAGCAUUCCCUUUCCCUCCUUUGGUUUCGGCAUUCCCUUUCCUCCUUUGGUUUCCUUUAGUUUCCGGCAUUCCCUUUCCUCCUUUGGUUUCCCUUUGGUUCCAGCAUUCCCUUUUGUUCCUCCGCCUCCUUUUCCGGCAUUUCCCUUUCCUCCGCGGUUUCGGCAUUCCCUUUCCUCCUUUGGUUUCCGGCAUUCCUUUUCCUCCCGCAAUUUCCCGGCAUUCCCUUUCCUCCGGCAUUCCUUUUCCUCCUUUGGUUUCCGGCAUUUCCCUUUUCCUCCUUUGGUUUCCUUCAUUUCCCUUUCCUCCUUUUGGUUUCCGGCAUUCCUUUCCUCCUUUGUUUCCCUUUCCUCCUUUGCUUUCCGGCAUUCCUUUUCCUCCCGCAGUUUCCGGCAUUCCCUUUCCUCCUUUGGUUUCCGGCGAUUUCCCUUUCCUCCUUUCCGGUUUUCCUCCUUUGGUAUUCAGCCCUUUCCUCCUUUGGUUCCAGCAUUCCCUUUCCUCCUUUGGUUUCCGGCAUUCCCUUUCCUCCUUGGUUUCAGCAUCCCUUUCCUCCUUUGUUUCCGGCAUUCCCUUUCCUCCACAGUUUUUCAGCAUUCCCUUUUUUUGGUUUCCACUCCUUUGGUUUCGGCAUUCCCUUUUCCUCCUUUUGUUUCCAUUUCCCUUUCCUCCUUUGGUUUCCGGCAUUCCCUUUCCUCCUUUGGUUUCCGGCAUUCCUUUCCUCCUUUGGUUUCUUCCCUUUCCUCCUUUGGUUUCCGGCAUUUCCCUUUCCUCCGCAGUUUUCCGGUUUCCCUUUCCUCCCUUUGUUUUCCCUUUCCCUUUUCCAUCCUCCUUUGGUUUCCGGCAUUCCCUUUCCUCCUUUUUUCCGGCAUUUUCCUUUUCCCUUUCUCUUUGGUUUCCGGCAUUCCCUUUCCUCCUUUGGUUUCCAGCAUUUCCCUUUCCUCCGCAGUUUUCCCCUUUCCUUUCUUUCCUCCUUUUUCGGCAUUCCCUUUCCUCCUUUGGUUUCCCUUUCACUCCUUGUUCAGAAUUCCCUUUCCUCCUUUGGUUUCCGGCAUUCCCCUCCGCAAUUUUCAGCAUUCCCUUUGGUUUCCAUUUCCCUUUCCUCCUUUGGCAUUUCCCUUUCCUCCGCCCAGUUUUUUCCUCCUUUAUUCCAGAAUCGCCCUCCUUUGGUUUCCAGCAUUCCCUUUCCUCCUUUGGUUCGGCAUUCCCUUUCCUCCUUUGGUUUCCGGCAUUCCUUUCCUCCUUUGGUUUCCAUUUCCCUUUCCUCCUUUGGUUUCCGGCAUUUCCCACCCUCCGCAGUUUCGGCAUUCCCUUUCCUCCUUUGGUUUCCGGCAUUCCUUUUCUCCUUUUCCUUUGGUUUCCUCGGCAUUCCCUUUCCUCCGCCCAGUUUUCCUUUCACUCCUUUGCUUUCCAUUCCCUUUCCUCCGAUUUCCAGCAUUCCUUUUCCUCCUUUGGUUUCGGCAUUCCCUUUCCUCCGCAGUUUUCGGCAUUCCUUUCCUCCUUUGGUUUCCGGCAUUUCCUUUCCUCCUUUGGUUUCCGGCAUUCCCUUUCCUCCUUUGGUUUCCCGGUUUCCAGCAUUCCCUUUCCUCCGCAGUUUUCCGGCAUUCCGUUCCAGCAUUUCCCUUUCCUCCUUUGGUUUCCAGCAUUCCCUUUCCUCGCAGUUUUCCGGCAUUUCCCACUUUCCUCCGCAGUUUUCCGGCAUUCCCUUUCCUCCUUUGGUUUUCAUUCCCUUUUCCUCCUUUGGUUUUCAGCAUUUCCCUUUCCUUUCCCCCUUUCCUCCUUUGGUUUCCUUUUUCCCUUUCCUCCUUUGGUUUCCAGCAUUCCCUUUUUCCUCCUUUGGUUUCCGGCAUUUCCUCCGCAAUUUCCUCCUUUCCUCCGCAUUCCCAUUCCUCCUCCUUUUUUCCUCCCUUUUCCUCCUUUGGUUUCCGGCAUUCCCCUUUCCUCCUUUGGUUUCCGGCAUUCCCUUUCCUCCUUUGUUUCCAUUCCUUUCCUCCUUUUCCGGCAUUUCCUUUCCUCCGCAUUUUCCCAUUCCCUUUCCUCCUUUGGUUUCCGGCAUUCCCUUUCCUCCUUUGGUUUCCGGCAUUUCCCUUUUCCUCCUUUGGUUUCCGGCAUUCCCUUUCCUCCUUUGGUUUCCGGCAUUCCCUUUCCUCCCCCUUUGGUUUUCCGGCGUUUCCUUUCCUCCUUUGGUUUUUCCGGCAUUUCCCUUUCCUCCUUUGGUUUCCAGCAUUUCCUCCCGCAAUUUUCAGCAUCCCCUUUCCUCCGCAUUUUCCGGCAUUCCCUUUUCCUCCUUUGGUUUCCGGCAUUUCCCUUUUCCUCCUUUUGGGCAUUUCUCCUUUGGUUUCCAGCAUUCCCUUUCCUCCCGGCAUUCAUUUUCCCUUCCUUUUGGUACCUCCGCAGUUUUCCGGCAUUCCCUUUCCCUUUGGUUUCCGGCAUUUCCUUUUCCUCCUUUGGUUUCCGGCAUUCCUUUUCUCCUUUGGUUUCCGGCAUUCCCUUUCCUCCCUUUUCCGGUUUCCCUUUCCUCCGCAUUUUCCCUUUCCUCCUUUGGUUCCGGCAUUUCCUUUUCCUCCUUUGGUUUCCAGCAUUCCUUUCCUCCGCAGUUUUCCGGCAUUCCCUUUCCUCCACCAGUUUUCCAGCAUUUCCCUUUCCUCCUUUGGUUUCAGCAUUCCCUUUCCUCCUUUUCCAGUUUUUUCCUCCUUUGUUUUCCAUUCCCUUUCCUUUGGUUUUCGGUUCAUUCCCUUUCCUCCUUUGGUUUCCGGCAUUCCCUUUUCUCCUUUGGUUUCCAGCAUUCCCUUUCCUCCUUGGUAUUCCAGCCAUUCCUUUCCUCCUUUUGGUUUCAGCAUUCCCUUUCCUCCCUUUUCCUUUCCUUUUCCUUGGUUUUUCCGCAUUCCCUUUCUCCCCUUGGUUUCCGGCAUUCCCUUUUCCUCCUUUGGUUUCCGGCAUUCCCUUUUCCUCCUUUGGUUUCCAGCUUCCCCUUUUCCUCCUUUGGUUUCCGGCAUUCCCUUUUCCUCCUUUAGUUUCCGGCAUUCCUUUCCUCCUUUGGUUUCAGCAUUUCCUGCCACUCCUUUGGUUUCCAGCGUCCCUUUCCUCCUUGGUUUUCCGGCAUUCCUUUCCUCCUUUGGUUUCCGGCAUUCCCUUUCCUCCGCAGUUUUCCAUUCCACUUUCCUCCUUUGAUUUCCAGCAUUCCCUUUCCUCCCUUGUUUCCAUGAUUCCCUUUCCUCCUUUGGUUUCCGGCAUUCCCUUUUCCUCCUUUGUUUCCAUUCCCUUUCUCCUUUGGUUUCGGCGUCCUUUUCCUCCUUUGUUUCCGGCAUUCCCUUUCCUCCGCAGUUUUCCGGCAUUUCCUUUCUCCGCGGUUUUCGGCAUUCCCUUUUCCUCCACAGUUUUCCCAUUCCCUUUCCUCCUUUGGUUUCCGGCAUUCCCUUUCCUCCUUUGGUUUCCGGCAUUCCCUUUCCUCCUUUGGUUUCCGGCAUUUCCUUUCCUCCGCAAUUUUCCAGCAUUCCCUUUUCCUCCCUUUUCCGGCAUUCCCUUUCCUCCUUUGGCAUUCCCUUUCCUCUUUUUCCGGCAUUUCCUUUCCCUUUGGUUUCCAGCAUUCACUUUCCUCCUUUGGUUUCCGGCAUUCCCUUUCCUCCUUUGGUUUCAGCAUUUCCUUUCCUCCUUUUCCGGCAUUCCCUUUCCUCCGCAGUUUUCAGCAUUCCCUUUCCUCCUUUGGUUUCCCUUUUCCUCCUUUGGUUCAUUCCCUUUCCUCCUUUGGUUUCCAGCAUUCCCUUUCCUCCUUUGGUUUUCCUCCUUUGGUCCCUUCCUCCCUUUGGUUCCGGCAUUCCUUUCCUCCGCAGUUUUCCGGUUUCCCUUUCCUCGCAGUUUUUCAUUCCUUUCCUCCUUUGGUUUCCGGCAUUCCCUUUUCCUCCUUUGCUUUAAGCAUUCCCUUUCCUCCUUUUCAGGAAUCCCUUUCCUCCUUUGGUUCCCAUUCCUUUCCUCCGCAGUUUCCGGCAUUCCCUUUCCUCCAUGUUUUCCGGCAUUCCCUUUCCUCCUUUGGUUUUCCGGCAUUUCCCUUUUCCUCCUUUGGUUUCCGGCAUUCCCUUUCCUCCGCAGGUUUCUCCAGCAUUCCCUUUCCUCCUUUAGUUUCCCGGCAUUUCCCGCGCUUUCCUCCUUUGGUUUCGGCAUUUCCUUUCCUCCUUUGGUUUCCGGCAUUUCCCUUUCCUCCUUUUUUCGGCAUCCCCUUUCCUCCUUUGGUUUCCGGCAUUCCCUUUCCUCCUUUGGUUUCCGGCAUUCCCUUUCCUCCUUUGGUUUCCGGCAUUCCUUUUCCUCCUUUGGUUCCGGCGUUCCACUUUCCUCCUUGGCAUUCGAAUCCCUUUCUCUUUGGUUUCAUUUCCCACUUUCCUCCUUUGGUUCAGCAUUCCCUUUCCUCCUUUGGUUUCCGGCAUUCCUUUCCUCACUUACAGUUUCCCGGCUUCCCUUUUCCUCCUUUGGUUUCCAGCAUUCCUUUCCUCCCUUGGUAUUCGAAUCCUUUCCUCCUUGGUUUCCGCAUUCCCUUUCCUCCUUUGGUUUCCGGCAUUCCCUUUCCUCCUUUGGUUUUCCGGCAUUCCUUUUCCUCCUUUGGUUUCGGCAUUCCCCUUUCCUCCUUUGGUUUCCGGCAUUCCCUUUACUCCUUUGGUUUCCGGCAUUCCCUUUCUCCUCCCUUUGGUUUCCAUUCCCUUUCCUCCUUUGGUUUCCGGCAUUUCCCUUUCCUCCUUUGGUUUCCGGCAUUUCCCUUUCCUCCUUUGGUUUCCGGCAUUCCCUUUCCUCCGCCCAGUUUUCCCGGCAUUCCCUUUUCCUUCCCUUUCCUCCUUUGCUUUCCGGCAUUUCCCUUUUCCCUCCUCCUUUGGUUUCCGGUUUCCGGCAUUUCCCUUUCCUUUUCCGGCAUUCCCCUUUUAUCCUUUGGUUUCCGGUUCAUUUUUCCUCCUUUCCUCCUUUCCCUUUCCUCCUUUGGUUUCCGACAUUUCCUCCUUUGGUUUUCAGCAUUUCCUCCUUUGCAGUAUUCCUCCUUUGCUCGGCAUUCCCUUUCCCUUUCCUCCUCCUUUGGUUUCCCCUUUCCUCCUUUGGUUUCCUCCUUUGUUUCAGCAUUCCCUUUCCUCCUUUGGUUUCCGCAUUCCCUUUUCACUCCUUUGUUUCCGGCAUUCCCUUUCCUCCAGUAUUCCAGAAUCCCUUUCCUCCUUUGGUUUCCGGCAUUCCCUUUUUCCUUCCUUUCCUCCCUUUGGUAUUCCGGCAUUCGCCUUUCCUCCUUUGGUUUCGGCAUUCCCUUUCCUUCCCUCCUCCUUGGUAUUCCCUUUCCUCCUUUGGUUUCCGGCAUUCCCUUUCCUCCUUUGGUUCCCUUUUCCUCCUUUGGCAUUCCCUUUUUCCUCCUUUGGUUUUCCAGCAUUUUCCGGCAUUCCUUUCCUCCUUUGUUUUCCGGCAUUCCGCACCACUCCUUUGGUUCCGGCCCAUUUCCGGCAUUUUUCCUCCUUUGGUUUCCGGCGAUGUGCCCUUCCCUUUCCUCCUUUGCUUUCCGGCGUUCCCCGCUUUCCUCCUUGGUAUUCCGGAAUCCCACUUUCCUCCGCUUUUUCCGGCAUUCACUUUUCCUCCGGUUCCUUUUCCUCCUGAAUUCCCUUUCCUCCUUUUGGUUUCCCUUUCCUCCCUUUGCUUUCCAGCAUUUGCUCCCGGGUCUUUCCUCCUUUGGUUUCCGGCAUUCCCUUUCCUCCACCAGUUUUCCGGCAUUCCCUUUCCUCCCCUUUGGUUUCCGGCAUUCCCUUUCACUCCUUUGGUUUCCGGCAUUCCCUUUCCUCCUUUGCUUUCCGGCAUUCCUUUCCUCCUUGGUAUUCCGGAAUCCUUUCCGGCAUUUCCCUUUCCUCCGCGGUUUGGCAUUCCCUUUCCUCCUUUGGUAUUCGGCAUUCCUCUCCUUUGCUUUCGGCAUUUCCCUUUCCUCCUUUGCUUUCCGGCAUUCCCUUUCCUCCGCAGUUUCCGGUUUUUCCUCCUUUGGUUUCCAGCGGUUUUCAGCAUUUCCCUUUCCUCCUUUGUUUUCCGGCAUUUCCUUUCCUCCUUUGGUUUCGGCAUUCCCUUUCUCCUUUGCUUUCCGGCAUUCCCUUUCCUCCGCAGUUUUCCGGCAUUCCCUUUCCUCCGCAGUUUCCGGCAUUCCCUUUCCUCCCUUUGGUUUCCUUUCCUCCCUUUGGUUUCAUUUCCCUUUCCUCGCGCUUUCCGGCAUUCCCUUUCCUCCUUUUCCGGAAUCCCUUUUCCUCCUUUGGUUUCCGUUUUCCGGCAUUUCCCUUUCCUCCUUUGGCAUUUUUCCUCCUUUGGUUUCCAUUCCCUUUCCUCCUUUGCUUUCCGGCAUUCCCUUUCAGCAUUCCUUUCCUCCUUUGGUUUUUCACUUUCUCCGCAGUUUCCAUUUUUCCUCCUUUGGUAUUCCGGCAUUCCCUUUUCCCUUUCCAGCAUUCCUUUUCCUCCUUUGCUUUCGGUUUCCUCCUUAGUAUUCGGAAUCCCUUUCCUCUUGGUUUCCGGCAUUCCCUUUCCUCCGGGUUUCCGGCAUUUCCCUUUUUGGUAUUCAGCAUUCCUUUCCUCUUUGGUUUCCGGCAUUUUUCCUCCUUUGCUUUCCGGCAUUCCUUUCCUCCGCAGUUUUCCGGCAUUUCCCUUUCCUCCUUUGGUUUUCCGGCAUUUCCCUUUCCACCUUUUCCGGCAUUCCCUUUCCUCAAGUUUUCCGGCAUUCCCUUUCCUCCUUUGGUUUCGGCAUUCCCUUUCCUCCUUUGCUUUCCGGCAUUUCCCUUUCCUCCUUGGCAUUCCCCUUUCCUCCGAAUUUUCCCAUUCCCUUUCCUCCUUUGGUUUCCGCAUUCCCUUUCCUCCUUUGCAUUUCCCUUUCCUCCCUUUGGUUUCAGCAUUCCCUUUCCUCCGCAGUUUUCCGGUUCCCUUUCCUCCACCAGUUUUCCAGCAUUCCACCUCCUUCAGCAUCCUUUGGUUUCAGCAUUUUCCUCCUUUGGUUUCCUUUGGUUUUCCAUUUCCCUUUUUUCCUCCCUUUGGUUUUCCGGCAUUUCCCUUUUUCCUCCUUUUCCUUUCUCCGCAGUUUUCCGGCGACACUUUCCUCCGCAGUUUUCCGGCAUUCCUUUUUCCUCCUUUGGUUUCCGGCAUUUCCCUUUCCUCCUUUGGUUUCCGGCAUUCCCUUUCCUUUCCUCCUUUGGUUUUCCGGCAUUCCCUUUCCUCCUCCUUUUUCCUCCUUUGGUUUCCAGCAUUCCCUUUCCUCCUUUGGUUUCAGCAUUUCCCUUCCUCCUUUGGUUUCCGGCAUUCCUUUCCUCCUUUGCUCUCCUUUGGUGUUCAGAAUCCCUUUCCUCCUUUGGUUCCGGCAUUCCUCCGCGGUUUUCCGGCAUUCCUUUCCUCCUUUGUUAUUCAGCUUCCCUUUCCUCCUUUGGUUUCGGCAUUCCCUUUCCUCUUUUGCUUUCCGGCAUUCCCUUUCCUCCGCAGUUUUCCGGCAUUCCCUUUCCUCCACCCAGUUUUCGGCUUCCCUUUCCUCCUUUGGUUUCCGGCAUUUCCCUUUCCUCCUUUGGUAUUCCGGCAUUCCCUUUCCUCCUUUGGUUUCCGGCAUUCCCUUUUCCUCCUUUGCUCGGCACCCUUUCCUCCCUUGGUAUUCGAGAUCCCUUUCCUCCUUUGGUUUUUCCGGCAUUUCCUUUCCUCCGCGGUUUUCCGGCAUUCCCUUCCUCCUUUGGUAUUCCGGCAUUCCCUUUUCUCACUCCUUUGGUUUCCGGCAUUCCCUUUCCUCCUUUGCUUUCCGGCUUCCCUUUCCUCCGCAGUUUCCGGCAUUCCUUUCCUCCGCAGUUUUCCGGUAUUCCCUUUCCUCCUUUGGUUUCCGGCAUUUCCCUUUCCUCCUUUGGUUUCCGGCAUUUCCCUUUUACCGCCCUUUGGUUUCCGGCAUUUCCCUUUCCUCCGCGGAUUUUCAGCAUUCCCUUUCCUCCGCGUUUCCGGCAUUCCCUUUCCUCCUUUGGUUCCGGCAUUCCCUAUCCUUUGGUUUCGGCAUUCCCUUUCCUCCUUUGGUUUCCGGCAUUCCCUUUUCCUCCUUUGGUUCCGGCAUUCCCUUUCUCCUUUGGUUUCCGGCAUUUCCCUUUCCUCCUUUGGUUCCGGCGUUCCCUUUCCUCCUUUGGUUUCCAGCAUUCCUUUCCUCCUUUGGUUUCCGGCAUUCCCUUUCCUCCUUUGGUUUCCGGCAUUCCUUUCCUCCUUUGGUUUCCCAUUUCCCUUUCCUCCUUUGGUUUCCGAAUUCCCCUUUUUCCUCCUUUGGUUUCCGGCAUUUCCCUUUCCUCCUUUGGUUUCCAGCAUUCCCAUUUCCUCCUCCGUUUUCCGGCAUUCCCUUUCCUCCGCAGUUUUCAGCAUUUCCUUUUCCUCCGCGGUUUCCCUUCCCUUUUCCUCCUUUGGUUUCCCAUUCCCUUUCCUCCUUUGGUUUCCGGCAUUCCUUUUCCUCCUUUGGAAUCCUUUCCUCCAUUUUCCCUUUUCCUCCUUUGGUUUCCAGCAUUCCCUUUCCUCCUUUGGUUUUCGGCAUUCCCCUUUCCUCCUUUCCGGUUUUUUCAGCAUUCCCUUUCCUCCUUUGUAUUCAGUUUUUUCACUCCUUUGGUUUCCGGCAUUUUUCCUCCUCCUUUGGUUUCCGGCAUUCCCUUUCCUCCUUUGGUUCCGGCAUUCCUUUCCUCCUUCCAGUUCCGGCAUUCCUUUCCUCACCAGUUUUCCGGCAUUUCCUUUCCUCCGCAGUUUUUCCGGCAUUUCCCUUUCCUUUGGUUUCCGGCAUUCCCUUUCCUCCUUUGGUUUCCAGCAUUCCACCCUCCUUUGGUUUCCGGCAUUUCCCCUUUCCUCCUUUGGUUUCCGGCAUUCCCUUUCCUCCUUUGGUUUCCGGCAUUCCCUUUCACCCACCAGUUUUCCGGCAUUCCUUUCCUCCCGCAGUUUCCGGCAUUCCCUUUCCUCCUUUGGUUUCCGGCAUUCCCUUUCCUCCUUUGGUUUCGGCAUUCCUUUUUUCCUCCCCUUUGGUUUCCGGCGACCCUUUUCCUCCUUUGGUUUCCGGUAUUCCCCCUUUCCUCCUUUGGUUUCCGGCUUUCCCUUUUUCCUCCUUUGGUUUCCGGCAUUCCCACUUUUCCUCUCCUUUGGUUUCCGGCAUCCCCUUUCCUCCGCCCAGUUUUCCGGCAUUCCCGCUUUCCUCCUUUGGUUUUCCGGCAUUCCUUUCCUCCGCAGUUUUCAGGUUUUUCCGGCAUUCCUUUCCUCCUUUGGUUCCGGCAUUUCCCUUUCCUCCUUUGCUUUCCGGCAUUCCCUUUCCUCCGCAGUUUUCCGGCAUUCACUUUUUUCCUCCACGUUUUCCAGCAUUCCCUUUCCUCCUUUGGUUUCCGGCAUUCCUUUCCUCCUUUGGUUUCCGGCAUUCCCCCUCCUUUGGUUUUCCGGCAUUCCUUUCUCCAGGUUUCCGGCAUUCCCUUUCCUCCUUUGGUUUCCGGCAUUCCCUUUCCUCCUUUGGUUUCCUUUCCUCGCAUUUUCCUUUUCCUCCUUUGGUUUCCGGCAUUCCCUUUCCUCCUUUGGUUUCGGCAUUCCCUUUCUCCUUUGGUUUCAUUCCCUUUCCUCCUUUGGUUUCAGCAUUCCCCGCUUUCCUCCGCAGUUUUUCCAUUCCCUUUCCUCCGCAGUUUUCGGCAUUCCUUUCCUCCUUUGGUUUCGGCAUUCCCUUUCCUCCUUUGGUUUCCGUCCCUUUCUCCUUUGGUUUCCGACAUUCCCUUUUCCUCCUUUGGUUUCCGGCAUUUCCCUUUCCUCCUUUGGUUUCCGGCAUUCCCUUUCCUCCGCAGUUUUCCGGCAUUUUCCUCCUUUGUUUUCCGGCAUUCCCUUUCCUCCUUUGGUUUCCGGCAUUCCCUUUCCUCCUUUGGUUUCCGGCAUUCCCUUUCCUCCUUUAUUCAGGUUUCGGCAUUCCUUUCCUCCGCCAGUUUUCGGUUUUCCGCAUUCCGGCGUUCCUCCUUGGUUUCCGGCAUUCCCUUUUUCCUCCUUUGAACCAGCAUUCCCUUUCCUCCGGUUUUCCGGCAUUCCCUUUCCUCCUUUGGUUUCCGGCAUUCCCUUUCCUCCUUUGGUUUCCGGCAUUCCCUUUCCUCCUUUGGUUUCCGGCAUUCCCUUUCCUCCUUGGUAUUCCGGCAUUCCCUUUCCUCCUUGGUAUUCCGGAAUCCCUUUCCUCCUUUGGUUUCCGGCAUUCCCUUUCCUCCUUUGGUUUUCCGGCAUUCCUUUCACUCCUUUUGGUUUCCGGCAUUCCCGCAUCCCUUUGGUUUCCAGCAUUUCCCUUUCCUCCUUUGGUUUCCGGCAUUCCCUUUCCUCCACCAGUUUUCCGGCAUUCCCUUUCCUCCGCAGUUUUCGGCAUUUCCCUUUCCUCCUUUGGUUUCCGGCAUUCCCGCUUUCUCCCUUUGGUUUUCGGCAUUUCCUUUCCUCCUUUGGUUUCCGGCAUUCCCCUUUCCUCCGCAGGUUUCCGGCAUUCCCUUUCCUCCUUUGGUUUCCGGCAUUCCCUUUCCUCCUUUGGUUCCGGCAUUCCCUUUCCUCCUUUGGUUUCCGGCAUUCCCUUUCCUCCAUUGGUUUCCGGCAUUCCCUUUCCUCCUUUGGUUUCCGGCAUUCCCUUUCCUCCUUUGGUUUCCGGCAUUCCCUUUCCUCCUUUGGUUUCCGGCAUUUCCCUUUCCUCCUUUGGUUUCCGGCAUUUCCUUUCCUCCGCAGUUUUCGUGCAUUCCCUUUCCUCCCGCAGUUUUCCGGCAUUCCUUUCCUCCUUUGGUUUCCGGCAUUCCUUUCCUCCUUUGGUUUCCGGCAUUCCUUUUCCUCCUUUGGUUUCCUUUCCUUUCCUCCACCAGUUUUCCGGCAUUCCCUUUCCUCCGCAGUUUUCCUCGCUGGUUUCCCUUUUCCUCCUUUGGUUUCCGGCAUUUCCCUUUCCUCCUUUGGUUUCCAGCAUUUCCUUUCCUCCUUUGGUUUCCAGCAUUUCCCUUUCCUCCGCCAGUUUUCCCAUUCCCUUUCCUCCGCAGUUUCCGGCAUUCCUUUCCUCCUUUGGUUUCCGGCCAGCAUUCCCUUUCCUCCUUUGGUUUCCUUUCCCUUUCCUCCCUUUGGUUCAUUUCCUCCGCCAGUUUUCCGGCAUUUCCUUUCCUCCGGUUUUCCGGCAUUCCCUUUCCUCCCUUUGGUUUCCGGCAUUCCUUUCCUCCUUUGGUUUCCGGCAUUUCCCUUUCCUCCGCAGUUUUCCGGCAUUCCUUUCCUCCUUUGGUUUCAGCAUUCCUUUCCUCCUUUGGUUCCGGCAUUUCCCUUUUCCUCCCUUUUCCGGUUUCCUCCACCGGCAUUCCCUUUCCCUCCUUUGGUUUCCGGCAUUCCCUUUCCUCCUUUGGUUUCCGGCAUUUCCCCUUUCCUCCCUUUGGUUUCCGGCAUUCCCUUUUCCGCGGUUUUCCGGCAUUCCCCUUUCCUCCGCAGUUUCGGCAUUCCCUUUCCUCCUUUGGUUUCCGGCAUUCCCUUUCCUCCUUUGGUUUCCGGCAUUCCCUUUCCUCCUUUGGUUUCCGGCAUUUCCCUUUCCUCCUUUGGUUUCAUUUCCUUUCCUCCCUUUGGUUUCCGGCAUUCCUUUCCUCCGCAGUUUCCGGCAUUCCUUUUCCUCCCGCAGUUUCCGGCAUUCCCUUUCCUCCUUUGGUUCCGGCGAUUUCCCUUUCCUCCUUUGGUUUCCGGUUCAUUCCCUUUCCUCCUUUGUUUUCCGGCAUUUCCCUUUCCUCCUUUGGUUUCCAGCAUUCCCUUUCCUCCUUUGUUUUCGGCAUUCCCUUUCCUCCACAGUUUUGGCAUUCCCUUUUUCACUCCUUUGGUUCCGGCAUUCCCUUUUCCUCCUUUGGUUUCCGGCAUUCCCUUUCCUCCUUUGGUUUCCGGCAUUCCCUUUCCUCCUUUGGUUUCCGGCAUUCCCUUUCCUCCUUUGGUUUCCGGCAUUCCCUUUCCUCCUUUGGUUUCCGGCAUUCCCUUUCCUCCGCAGUUUUCCGGCAUUCCCUUUCCUCCGCAGUUUUCCGGCAUUCCCUUUCCUCCUUUGGUUUCCGGCAUUCCCUUUCCUCCAUUGGUUUCCGGCAUUCCCUUUCCUCCUUUGGUUUCCGGCAUUCCCUUUCCUCCUUUGGUUUCCGGCAUUUCCCUUUUCCUCCGCAGUUUUCCGCAUUUUUCCCUCCCGCAGUUUUCCAGCAUUCCUUUCCUCCUUUGGUUUCCAUUCCCUUUCCUCCUUUGGUUUCCGGCAUUCCCGCCUCAUUUGGUUUCCGGCAUUUCCUUUGGUUUUCGGCAUUCCUUUCCUCCUUUGGUUUCCAGCAUUCCCUUUCCUCCUUUGGUUCCGGCAUUUCCUUUCCUCCUUUGGUUCCGGCAUUUCCUUUCCUCCUUUGGUUUCCAUUCCCUUUCUCCGCCCAGUUUUCCGGCAUUCCCUUUCCUCCUUUGGUUUCCGGCAUUCCUUUUUCCUCCUUUGGUUUUCCAUUCCCUUUCCUCCGCCCAGUUUUCCGGCAUUCCCUUUCCUCCUUUUCCAGCAUUCCCUUUCCUCCUUUGGUUUCCGGCAUUUCCUUUCCUCCUUUGGUUUCCGGCAUUUCUGCAGGUUUCCGGCAUUCCCUUUCCUCCUUUGGUUUCCGGCAUUUCCCUUUCCUCCUUUGGUUUCCGGCAUUCCCUUUCCUCCUUUGGUUUCCGGCAUUUCCUUUCUCCUUUCCUUCCGCAUUUCCCUUUUCCUCCUUUGGUUUCCGGCAUUCCCCUUUCCUCCUUUGGUUUCCGGCAUUCCCUUUCCUCCUUUAUUCCAGUUUUCCCACUUUCCUCCUUUGGCAUUUCCUUUCCUCCUUUGGUUUCCGGCAUUUCCCUUUCCUCCUUUGGUUUCCGGCAUUCCCUUUCCUCCUUUGGUUUCCGGAAUUCCCUUUCCUCUUUGGUUUCCGGCAUUCCCUUUCCUCCCGCAGUUUCCGGCAUUUCCCUUUCCUCCUUUGUUUUCCAGCAUUCCUUUCCUCCCCUUAUUUUCCGGCAUUCCCUUUUCCUCCUUUGGUUUCCGGCAUUCCCCUUUCCUCCUUUGGUUUCCGGCAUUCCCUUUCCUCCGCAGUUUUUCGGCAUUUCCCUUUCCUCCGCAGUUUUCCGGCAUUCCCUUUCCUCCACAGGUUUCCGGCAUUUCCUUUUCCUCCUUUGGUUUCCGGCAUUCCCUUUUCUCCUUUGGUUUCCGGCAUUCCCACUUUCCUCCCUUUGGUUUCGGCAUUCCCUUUCCUCCUUUGGUUUCCGGCAUUCCGCUUUUCCUCCUUUCCUCCGGUUUCCAGCAUUCCCUUUCCUCCGCAGUUUUCCGGCAUUCCCUUUCCUCCUUUGGUUUUCCGGCAUUUCUUUCCUCCUUUGGUUUCGGCAUUCCCCUUUCCUCCUUUGUUUUCCGGCAUUCCUUUUCCUCGCAGUUUUCGGCAUUUCCCUUUCCUCCACCCAGUUUUCGGCAUUCCCUUUCCUCCUUUGGUUUCGGCAUUUCCUUUUCCUCCUUUGGUUUCCGGCGUCCCUUUCCUCCUUGGUAUUCGGCAUCCCUUUUCCUCCUUUUGGUUUCGGCAUUCCCUUUCCUCCGCAGUUUUCCGGCAUUUCCUUUCCUCCGCGAUUUCCGGCAUUCCCUUUCCUCCUUUUUGGUUUCCAUUCCCCCUUUGGUUUCCGGCAUUUCCUUUCCUCCUUUGGUUUCCGGCAUUCCCUUUCCUCCUUUUGGUUUCGGCAUUUCCUUCCUCCUUUGGUUUUCGGCAUUCCCUUUCCUCCUUUCCUCCUUUGGUUUUCCGGCAUUCCCUUUCCUCCUUUGGUUUCCGGCAUUCCCUUUUCCUCCUUUGGUUUCCGGCAUUUUCCCCCUUUCCUCCACAGUUUCCGGUUUCCUUUCCUCCUUCCCUUUCCUCCUUUGGUUUCCGGCAUUCCCUUUCCUCCUUUGGUUUCCGGCAUUUCCCUUUCCUUUCCCUUUCCUCGGUUUCCGGCAUUCCCUUUCCUUUUCCUUUGGUUUCGGCAUUCCCUUUCCUCCUUUGGUUUCCCAGUUUUCCGGCAUUUCCUUUCCUCCGCGGUUUCGGCAUUUCCUCCACAGUUUUCCUCCUUUGGUUUCCGGCAUUCCCUUUUCCUCCUUUGGUUCCGGCAUUCCCUUUCCUCCUUUGGUUUCCGGCAUUUCCCUUUCCUCCUUUUUUCCGGCAUUCCCUUUCCUCCGCGGUUUUCCGGCAUUCCCUUUCCUCCAGUUUUCCGGUUUCCCUUUGGCAUUUCCUUUCCUCCUUUGGUUUCCGGCAUUUCCCUUUCCUCCUUUGGUUUCGAGCAUUUCCCCUUUCCUUUCCUUUCCUCCACAGUUUUCCAGCAUUUCCGGUUUCAUUCCCUUUCCUCCUUUGGUUUCCAUUCCCUUUCCUCCUUUGGUCCUUUCCUCCCUUCCAGGUUCCGGCAUUCCUUUCCUCCUUUGGUUUCCGGCAUUCCCUUUCCUCCUUUGGUUUCCGGCAUUCCCUUUUCCUCCUUUGGUUUCCGGCAUUUUCCUCCUUUCCUUUCCUCCGCAGUUUCCGUUUUUCCUCCGCAUUUUCCGGCAUUUCCUCCUUUGGUUUUCCGCAUUCCCUUUCCUCCUUUGGUUUCCGGCAUUCCCUUUCCUCCUUUGGUUUAUUCCCUUUCCUCCUUCAGUUUCCGGCAUUCCCUUUCCUCCUUUGGUUUCGGCAUUCCCUUUCUCCUUUGUUUUCCGGCAUUUCCCUUUCCUCCUUUGGUUUCGGCAUUCCCUUUCCUCCUUUGGUUUCCGGCAUUUCCCUUUCCUCCUUUGGUUUCCGGCAUUCCCUUUCCUCCUUUGUUCCGGCAUUUCCCUUUCCUCCUUUGGUUUCCGGCAUUUCCUCCGCAGUUUUCCGGCAUCCUUUCCUCCGCCAGUUUCCGGCAUUUCCUUUCCUCCUUUGGUUUCGACAUUCCCUUUCACUCCUUUGGUUCCAUUCCCUUUCCUCCUUGGUUUCCGGAAUUCCUUUCCUCCUUUGGUUUCCGGCAUUCCCUUUCCUCCUUUGGUUUCCGGCAUUCCCUUUCCUCCUUUGGUUUCCUUCCCUUUCCUCUUUGGUUUCCGGCAUUUUUCCUUUCCUCCUUUGGUUUUCGGCAUUCCCUUUCCUCCGCCGGCAUUCCCUUUCCUCCUUUGGUUUUCCGGCAUUCCCUUUUCCUCCUUUGGUUUCCGGCAUUUCCUUUCCUCCUUUGGUUUCCGGCAUUCCCUUUCCUCCUUUUCCGGCAUUUCCCUUUCCUCCUUUUUCCGGCAUUUCCUUUUCCUCCUUUGGUUUCAGCAUUCACUUUUCCUCCUUUGGUUUCCGGCAUUUCCCUUUUCCUCUGCAUUCCAGGUCCAUUUCCUCCUUUAGUUUUCCGGCAUUCCCUUUCCUCCUUUGGUUUCCGACAUUCCUUUCCUCCUUUGGUUUCCGGGUUUCCAUUCCCUUUCCUCCUUUGGUUUCCGGCAUUUCCUUUCCUCCUUUUGGUUCCGGCAUUUCCUUUCCUCCCUUUGGUUUCUGACAUUCCCUUUCCUCCUUUGGUUUCCGCAUUUUUCCGGCAUUCCUUUCCUCCUUUGGUUUUUUCCGGCAUUUCCCUUUCCUCCUUUGGUUUCCGCAUUCCCUUUCCUCCCUUUUCCUCCUUUGGUUUCCGGUUUCAUUCCCUUUCCUCCCUUUCCUCCGGUUUCCGGAAUCCUCCACCAGUUUUCCUUCCUUUCCUCCUUUGGUUUUCCGGCAUUCCCUUUCCUCCUUUUGGUUUCCGGCAUUUCCCUUUCCUCCUUUUGGUUUUCCGGUUUUCAUUUCCUUUUCCUCCUUUGGUUUCCGGCAUUCCCCUUUCCUCCUUUGGUUUCCGGCAUUUCCCUUUCCUCCGCAGUUUUCUGGUUCCCUUUCCUCCUUGCAGUUUCCAGCAUUCCCUUUUCCUCCUUUGGUUUCCGGCAUUCCCUUUCCUCCUUUGGUUUCCGCAUUCCCUUUCCUCCUUUGGUUUCCGGAAUCCCUUUUCCUCCUUUGGUUUCCGGCAUUUCCCUUUCCUCCUUUGGUUUCCGGCAUUUCCCUUUCCUCCUUUGGUUUCCGGCAUUUCCCUUUCCUCCCUUUGGUUUCGGCAUUCCUUUCCUCCUUUGGUUUCCAGCAUUUCCCUUUCCUCCUUUGGUUUCCAGCAUUCCCUUUCCUCCUUUGGUUUUCCGGCAUUUCCCUUUCUCCGCAGUUUUUCCGGCAUUUCCCUUUCCUCCUUUGGUUUCGGCAUUUCCCUUUCCUCCGCCCGGUUUUCGGCAUUCCCUUUCCUCCUUUGGUUUCCGGCGACCCCUUUCCUCCUUUGGUUUCCAGCAUUCCCUUUCUCCUUUGGUUUCCGGCAUUCCCUUUCCUCCUUUGGUUUCAAAAGCCAUUCCCUUUCCUCCUUUGGUUUCGGCAUUUCCCUUUCCUCCUUUGGUUUCCAGCAUCCCUUUCCUCCGCAGUUUUCCGGCAUUCCCUUUCCUCCCAGUGGUUUCCGGCGUUUCCCUUUCCUCCUUUGUUUUCCGGAAUUCCCUUUCUCCUUUGGUUUCCGGCAUUUCCCUUUCUCCCUUUGGUUUCCGGCUUCCCUUUUGGUUUCCUCCCUUUCUCCUUCUGGUUUCCGGAAUCCGCUUUCCUCCUUUGGUUUCCGGCAUUCCCUUUCCUCCUUUGGUUUCCGGCAUUCCCUUUCUCCGCAGUUUUCCGGUUCACUCCGCAUUUUCCCUUUCCCUCCGCAGGUUUCCGGCAUUCCCUUUCCUCCUUUGGUUUCCAUUUCCCUUUCCUCAUGCGGUUUCGGCAUUCCCUUUCCUCCUUUGGUUUCCGGCAUUCCUUUCCUCCUUUGGUUUCCGGCAUUCCCUUUCCUCCUUUUUGGUUUCCGGCAUUUCCCUUUCCUCCUUUGGUUUCCGGCAUUUCCCUUUCCUCCUUUGGUUUCCGGCAUUCCCUUUCCUCCUUUGGUUUCCGGCAUUCCCUUUCCUCUUUGGUUUCCGGCAUUUCCUUUCCUCCUUUGGUUUCGGCAUUCCCUUUCCUCCUUUGGUUUCGGCAUUCCCUUUCCUCCUUUGGUUUCCGGCAUUCCCUUUCCUCCUUUGGUUUCCGGCAUUCCCUUUCCUCGCUGGUUUCCAGCAUUCCCUUUCCUCCUUUGUUUUCCGGCAUUUCCCUUUCCUCCUUUGGUUUCCGGCAUUCCUUUCCUCCUUUGGUUUCCGGCAUUUCCUUUCCUCCUUUGGUUUCCGGCAUUCCCUUUCCUCCUUUGGUUUCCGGCAUUUCCCUUUCCUCCUUUGGUUUCCGGCAUUCCCUUUCCUUUGGUUUCCGGCAUUCCCUUUCCUCCGCAGUUUUCGGCAUUUCCUUUCCUCCUUGGUUUCCAGAUUCCCUUUCCUCCCUUUGGUUUCGGCAUUCCUUUCCUCCUUUGGUUUCCGGCAUUCCCUUUCCUCCUUGGUUAUUCGGAAUUCCCUUUCCUCCUUUGGUUUCCGGCUCCCUUUCCUCCUUUGGUUUCCGGCAUUUCCCUUUCCUCCUUGGUAUUCCAGAAUCCCUUUCCUCCUUGGUUUCCGGUUUUUCCCGCUUUGGUUCCAUUCCCUUUCCUCCUUUGGUUUCCGGCAUUCCCUUUCCUCCUUUCCUUCCCUUUUGGUUUCCGGCAUUCCCUUUCCUCCUUUGGUUUCCGGCAUUCCCUUUCCUCCUUGGUAUUCCGGAAUCCCUUUCCUCCUUUGGUUUCCGGCAUUCCCUUUCCUCCUUUGGUUUCCGGCAUUCCCUUUCCUCCUUUGGUUUCCGGCAUUCCCUUUCCUCCUUUGGUUUCCGGCAUUCCCUUUCCUCCUUUGGUUUCCGGCAUUCCCUUUCCUCCUUUGGUUUCCCGCAUUCCUUUCCUCCAGUUUUUCGGCAUUCCCCUUUCCUCCAGGUUUCCGGCAUUCCCUUUCCUCCUUUGGUUUCCGGCAUUCCUUUCCUCCUUUGACAUUCCCUUUUCCUCCUUUCCAUUUUUCCUCAAUCCCUUUCCUCCUUUGGUUUCCGGCAUUCCCCUUUUCCUCCUUUGGUUUUCCGGCAUUCCCUUUCCUCCUUUGGUUUCGGCAUCCCCUUUCCUCCUUUGUUUCCGGCAUUCCCUUUCCUCCUUUGGUUUCCGGCAUUCCCUUUCCUCCUUUGGUUUCCAUUCCCUUUCCUCCUUUGGUUUCCGGCAUUCCUUUCCUCCUUUGGUUUCGGCAUUCCCUUUCCUCCCUUUGGUUUCGGCAUUCCCUUUCCUCCUUUGGUUUCCGGCAUCACUUUCCUCCUUUGGUUUCCGGCAUUCCCUUUCCUCCUUUGGUUUCCGGCGUUUGCCCUCCUUUGGUUUCCAUUCCCUUUCCCUCCUUUGGUUUCCGGCAUUCCCUUUCCUCCUUUGGUUUCCGGCAUUCCCUUUCCUCCUUGGCCCUUUCAUUCCCCCCUUUCCUCCUUUGGUUUCCCCCUUUCCUCCUUUGGCAUUCCCCGCCUUUCCUCCUUUGGUUUCCGGCAUUUCCCUUUCCUCCUUUGGUUUCCGGCAUUUCCCUUUCCUCCCUUUGGUUUCCGGCAUUCCCUUUCCUCCUUUGGUUUCCGGCAUUCCCUUCCUCCUUUGGUUUCCGGCAUUUCCCCUUUCCUCCUUUGGUUUCCGGCAUUCCCUUUUCCUCCGUUUUCCAGCAUUCCCCUUUCCUCCGCAGUUUUCGGCAUUCCCUUUCCUCCUUUGGUUUCCAUUCCCUUUCCUCCUUUGGUUCCGGCAUUCCCUUUCCUCCUUUGGUUUCCGGCAUUCCCUUUCCUCCUUUGGUUUCAUUCCCUUUCCUUCCUUUGGUUCCGGCAUUCACUUUUCCUCGCUUUGGUUCCAUUCCCUUUCCUCCCGCAGUUUCCGGCAUUCCUUUCCUCCGCAGUUUUCGGCAUUUCCCUUUCCUCCUUUGGUUUCCAGCAUUCCCUUUCUCCUUUGGUUUCCAUUUCACUUUCCUCACCAUUUCAGAUCACUGCUCUUAGUUCCGGCAUUCCCUUUUCACUCCUUUGGUUUCCGGCAUUCCCUUUUCCUCCUUUGGUUUCCGGCAUUUCCUUUCCUCCUUUGGUUUCCAGCAUUUCCCUUUCCUCCCUUUGGUUUCCGGCAUUCCCUUUCCUCCUUUGGUUUCCGGCAUUCCCUUUUUCCUCCUUGGUUUCGGCAUUUCCCUUUCCUCCUUUGGUUUCCGGCAUUCCCUUUCCUCCUUUUUCCGGUUUCCUCCUUUGGUUUCAUUCCCCUUUCCUCCUUUGGUUUCCGGCAUUUCCCUUUUCCUCCUUUUCCGGCUUUUCCCCUUUCCUCCCGCAGUUUUCCGGCAUUCCUUUCCUCCUUUGGUUUCCAGCAUUCCCUUUCCUCCUUUGGUUUCCGGCAUUCCUUUCCUCCUUUGUUUCCAGCAUUCCUUUCCUCCGCAGGUUUUCAGCAUUCCCUUUUCCUCCUUAGUUUUUCUGACAUUCGUUUCCUCCGCAGUUUUUCGGCAUUCGUUUUCCUCCACCAGUUUUCUGACAUUCGUUUCCUCCCAGUUUUCCGGCAUUUUUUCUCCUUUGGUUUCCGGCAUUUCCCUUUCCUUUGGUUUUCCAUUCCCUUUCCUCCUUUGGUUCCAGCAUUCCUUUUCCUCCUUUACAGUUUCCAUUCCCUUUCCUCCUUUGGUUUCCGGCAUUUCCCUUUCCUCCACUUUGGUUUCAGCAUUUCUUUCCUCCUUUGGUUUCCGGCAUUCCUUUCCUCCUUUGGUUUCCGGCAUUCCCUUUCUCCUUUGUUUUCUGGGCCGUUUCCUCCGGUUUCCGGCAUUCCUUUCCUCCUUUGGUUUCCGGCAUUUCCUUUCCUCCUUUUUCGGUUUUCCUCCUUAGUUUUCCUUUCCUCCACCCAGUUUUUCCGGCAUUCCCUUUUCCUCCUUUGGUUUCCGGCAUUUCCCUUUCCUCCUUUGGUUUCCGGCGAUUCCCUUUCCUCCUUUUGGUUUCCGGCAUUUCCUUUCCUCCUUUGGUUUCGGCAUUUCCUUUCCUCCUUUGGUUUCCGGCAUUCCCUUUCCUCCUUUGGUUUCCGUACAUUCCUUUCUCCUUUGGUUUCCGGCAUUUCCCUUUCCUCCCUUUGGUUUCCGGCAUUCCCUUUCCUCCCGCAGUUUUCGGCAUUCCCUUUCUCCUUUGUUUUCCGGCUUUUCCUUUCCUCCGCGGUUUCAGCAUUUCCCUUUCCUCCUUUGGUUUCCGGCAUUCCCCUUUCCUCAGUUUUCCGGCGUUCCCUUUCCUCCUUGAAUUUCGGCAUUUCCCUUUCCUCCGCAGUUUUCCGGCAUUCCCUUUCCUCCUUUGGUUUCCGGCAUUCCCUUUCCUCCUUUGGUUUCCGGCAUUCCCUUUCCUCUCGCGGUUUCCGGCAUUCCUUUUCCUCGCUUUGGUUUCGGCAUUCCCUUUCCUCCUUUGGUUUCCGGCAUUCCCUUUCUCCGCAGUUUUUCCGGCAUUCCCUUUCCUCCGCAGUUUUCGGCAUUCCCUUUCCUCCUGCAGUUUUCGGCAUUCCCUUUCCUCAUUUGGUUUUCCGACAUUUCUUUCCUCCUUUGGUUUUUCGCAGCAUUCACUUUUCCUCCUUUGUUUUCCGACAUUCCUUUCCCGCAGUUUCCGGCAUUUCCCUUUCCUCCACCCAGGUUUCCGGCAUUUCCUUUUCCUCCUUUGGUUUCCGGCAUUUCCCUUUCCUCCUUUGGUUUCCGGCAUUCCCUUUCCUCCUUGGUUUCCCGGCAUUUCCCUUUCCUCCUUUGGUUUCCAAGCAUUCCCUUUCCUCCUUGGUUUCGGCAUUCCCUUUCCUCCGCAGUUUUCCGGCAUUCCCUUUCCUCCGCGUUUUUUCCGGCAUUCCCUUUCCUCCUUUUUUCUUUCCGUUUCCUCCCUUUGUUUUCCGACAUUCCCUUUCCUCCGCAGUUUUCCGACAUUCGUUUCCUCCGCAGUUUUCUUCGGCAUUUCGUUUCCUCCGCAGUUUCCGGCAUUCCCUUUCCUCCUUUGGUUUCCGGCAUUCCCUUUCCUCCUUUGGUUUGGUUUCCGGCAUUUCCCUUUUCCUCCUUUGGUUUCCGGCAUUCCCUUUCCUCCUUUGGUUUCCGGCAUUCCCUUUCCUCCUUUGGUUUCCGGCAUUCCCUUUCCUCCUUUGGUUUCCGGCAUUCCCUUUCCUCCUUUGGUUUCCGGCAUUCCCUUUCCUCCUUUGGUUUCCGGCAUUCCCUUUCCUCCUUUGGUUUCCCUCCGCAUUUUCCAGCCUUUCCUCCUUUGGUUUCCGGCAUUCCCCUGCAGUUUCCUCCCUCCGCAGUUUUCCGGCAUUCCCUUUCUCCUUUUUUUUCCGGCAUUUUUCCCUUUCCUCCGCAGUUUUCCGGCAUUCCCUUUCCUCCGCGGUUUCUGACAUUCCCUUUCCUCCUUUGUUUUUCCGGCAUUCCCUUUCCUCCUUUGUUUCCGGCAUUCCCUUUCCUCCGGCUUGGUUUCCAGCAUUUCCCUUUCCUCCCUUUGGUUUCCGGCAUUCCCUUUUCUCCUUUGGUUUCGGCAUUCCCUUUCCUCCUUUGGUUUCCAGCAUUUCCUUUCCUCCUUUGGUUUCCGGCAUUCCCUUUUCCUCCUUUGGUUUCCGGCAUUCCCUUUCCUCCUUUGGUUUCCGGCAUUCCCCUUUCUCCUUUUUUUCCGGUCCCUUUCCUCCGCAGUUUUUCGGCAUUCCCUUUCCUCCUUUGGUUUCCGGCAUUUCCUUUCCUCCUUUGGUUCCGGCCCUCCUUUCCUCCUUUGGUUUCCGGCAUUCCUUUCCUCCUUUGGUUUCCGGCAUUCCUUUCCUCCUUUUUUCCGGCAUUCCUUUCCUCCGCGUUUUCCGGCGUUCCCUUUCCUCCUUUUUUUCGGUUUCCUCCUUUGUUUUUCGGCAUUUCCCUUUCCUCCUUUGGUUUUCUGACAUUCCCUUUUCCUCCGCAGUUUUCCGGCAUUCCCUUUCCUCCUUUGGUUUCCGGCAUUCCCUUUCCUCCUUUGGUUUUGCGGCAUUUCCCUUUCCUCCUUUGGUUUCCGAUUCCCUUUCCUCCUUUGGUUUCCGGCAUUCCUUUCCUCCUUUGGUUUCCGGCAUUCCCUUUCCUCCUUUGGUUUCCGGCAUUCCCUUUCCUCCUUUGGUUUCGGCAUUCCCUUUCCUCCUUUGGUUUCCGGCAUUUCCUUUCCUCCUUUGGUUUCCGGCAUUCCCUUUCCUCCUUUGGUUUCCGGCAUUCCCUUUCCUCCUUUUUUCCGGCAUUUUUCCUCCGCAUUUUUCUUUUCCUCCUUUGGUUUCCGGCAUUUCCUUUCCUCCUUUGGUUUUUCCGGCAUUCCCUUUUCCUCCUUUGGUUUCCGGCAUUCCCUUUCCUCCUUUGGUUUCCAGCAUUCCCUUUCCUCCUUUGGUUUCCGGCAUUCGCCUUUCCUCCUUUGGUUUCGGCAUUCCUUUUCCUCCAUGGUUUUCCGGCAUUCCGCUUUCCUCCUCCGGUUUUUCCGGCAUUCCCUUUCCUCCUUUGGUUUCCGGCAUUUCCCUUUCCUCCUUUGGUUUCCGACAUUCCUUUUCCUCCUUUGGUUUCCAGCAUUCCCUUUCCUCCUUUGGUUUCAGCAUUCCCCUUUCCUCCCUUUGUUUUCGGCAUUCCCUUUCCUCCUUUGGUUUCCGGCAUUCCCUUUCCUCCUUUGGUUUCCGGCAUUCCCUUUUCUCCUUUGGUUUCCGGCAUUUCCCUUUCCUCCUCGGCAUUUCCCUUUCUUUGGUUUCCGGCAUUCCCUUUCCUCUCCCUUUGGUUUCCGGCAUUCCCUUUCCUCCUUUGGUUUUCGCAUUCCGGUUUUCGCAUUCCCUUUCCUCCCUUCCGGUUUCCCGGCAUUCCCUUUCUCCUUUGGUUUCUUUCCCUUUCCUCCUUUUUUCGGUUUUCCGGCAUUUCCUUUCCUCCUUUUCCGGUUUCCGGCAUUUCCUUUCCUCCUUUGGUUUCCGGCAUUCGUUUCCCUUUCUCCUUUGGUUUCCGGCAUUCCCUUUCCUCCUUUGGUUUCCGGCAUUCCCUUUCCUCCUUUGGUUUCCGGCAUUCCCUUUCCUCCUUUGGUUUCGGCAUUCCCACUUCCUCCUUUGGUUUCCGGCAUUCCUUUCCUCCUUUUUUCCGGCAUUUUUCCUCCUUUGGUUUUCCUCCUUUCCUCCGGUUUUCGGCAUUCCCUUUCCUCCACGCAGUUUUCGGCAUUCCCUUUUCCUCCGCAGUUUCGGCAUUCCUUUCCUCCUUAGGUUUCAUUUUUCCUCCUUUUUUCCCCCUUUCGUUUCCUCCGCAUUUCCAUUUCCUUUCAGUUUUCCGGCAUUCCCUUUCCUCUCCGGCAUUCCUUCCGGUUUCCUGACAUUCCCUUUUCCUCCUUUUGGUUUCGGCAUUUCCCUUUCCUCCUUUCCGGCAUUCCCUUUCUCCUUUGGUUUCCGGCAUUCCCUUUCCUCCUUUGGUUUCCAGCAUUCCCUUUUCUUUCUCCUUUGGUUUCCGGCAUUCCCUUUCCUCCUUUGGUUUCCGGCAUUCCCUUUCCUCCUUUGGUUUCAUUCCCUUUUCCUCCUUUGUUUUUCUGACAUUCCCUUCCUCCUUUGUUUUCUGACAUUCGUUUCCUUUCUUUUCCGCAUUCCUUUCCUCCUUUGGUUUCCCGGCGUUCCCUUUUCCUCCUUUGGUUUUCGGCAUCCCUUUCCUCCCUUUUUUCCGGCAUUCCCUUUCCUCCUUUGGUUUCCGGCAUUCCCUUUCCUCCUUUGGUUUUCCGGCAUUUCCUUUCCUCCGCAGUUUCCGGCAUUCCUUUGGUUUCCGGCAUUCCCUUUCCUCCUUUGUUUUCCGGCAUUCCUUUCCUCCUUUGGUUUUCUGACAUUCCCUUUCCUCCUUUGGUUUCCGGCAUUCCCUUUCCUCCUUUAUUUUCCGGCAUUUCCCUUUCCUCCUUUGUUUUCGGCAUUCCUUUCCUCCUUUGGUUUCCGGCAUUCCCUUUUCCUCCUUUGGUUUCCUCCAUUCCUUUCUCCUUUGGUUUCCGGCAUUCCCUUUCCUUUUUGGUUUCCGGCAUUCCCUUUCUCCUUUGGUUUCGGCAUUCCCUUUCCUCCUUUGGUUUCCGGCAUUCCCUUUCCUCCUUUGGUUUUCCGACAUUCCCUUUCCUCCAUGGUUUCCGGCAUUCCCUUUCCUCCGCAGUUUUCUGACAUUUCCUUUCCUCCGCAGUUUUCCGGCUUUUUUCCAUUCCCUUCCUCCGCGGUUUUCCGGCAUUCCCUUUCCCUGGUUUUCCUUCGUUUCCUCCGGUUUUCCGGCAUUUCGUUUUCUCCGCGGUUUUCUGACAUUCGUUUCCUCCGCAUUUUCCGGCAUUCCUUUCCUUUCCUUUGGUUUCCGGCAUUUCCCUUUCACUCCUUUGGUUUUCCGGCAUUCCUUUCCUCCUUUGGUUUCCGGCAUUCCCUUUCCUCCUUUGGUUUCGGCAUUCCUUUCCUCCUUUGGUUUUCGGCAUUCCUUUCCUCCGCGGUUUUCGGCGAUUCCCUUUCUCCGCCAGUUUUCCGGCAUUCCCUUUCCUCCUUUGUUUCCGGCAUUCCCUUUCCUCCUUUUGGUUUUUCCACGUUCCCUUUCCUCCUUUUUUCGGUUUCCUCCGCAGUUUUUCUGACAUUCAUUUCCUCCUUGGUUUUCUGGUUCCUUUUCCUCCCUUUGGUUUUCGGCAUUCCUUUCCUCCGCAGUUUUCUGUUCCAUUCCGGCAUUCCUUUCCUCCGUUUCCUCAGGUUCCGGCAUUCCCUUUCCUCCUUUGGUUUCCGGCAUUCCCUUUCCUCCUUUGGUUUCCGGCAUUCCUUUCCUCCUUUGGUUUCCGGCAUUCCCUUUCCUCCUUUGGUUUCCGGCAUUUCCCUUUCCUCGCUGGUUUUCGGCAUUCCCUUUCCUCCUUUGGUUUCCGGCAUUCCCUUUCCUCCUUUGGUUUCCGGCAUUUCCCUUUCCUCCGCGAUUUCCGGCAUUCCCGCUUUCCUCCGCAGUUUUCCGGCAUUCCUUUCCUCCUUGGUUUUCGGCAUUCCCUUUCCUCCUUUGGUUUCCGGACAUUCGUUUCCUCCCACAGUUUCUGACAUUUCCUUUCUUCAUUUCUUUUUUCCGUUUUCCUUCCCUCCGCAGUUUUCCGGCAUUCCUUUCCUCCUUUGGUUUCCGGCAUUCCCUUUCCUCCUUUGGUUUUCCGGCAUUCCCUUUGGUUUCCGGCUCCUUUGGUUUCCGGCAUUCCCUUUCCUCCUUUGGUUUCCGGCAUUCCUUUCCUCCUUUGGUUUCCGGCAUUCCUUUUCCUCCUUUGGUUUCCAUUUUCCCUUUCCUCCUUCCUCCGUUUCCGGCAUUCCUUUCCUCCGCGGUUUCCGGCAUUCCCUUUCCUCCUUUGGUUUUCCGGCAUUCCCUUUCCUCCUUUGGUUUCAGGCAUUCCCUUUUCCUCCUUUGGUUUCCGGCAUUCGGCAUUUCCUUUCCUCCGCAUUUUCCGGCAUUCCCUUUCCUCCGCGUUUUCCGGUCCCUUUCCCCUUAGUUUCUGACAUUUCCUCUCCUAGUUUUCUGACAUUCAUUUCCUCCUUUUUUCUGGUUUCCGGCAUUCCCUUUCCUCCUUUGGUUUUCGGCAUUCCGGCACCUUUUGGUUUCCCGGUUUCCCUUUCCUCCUUUGGUUUUCGGCAUUUCCCUUUCCUCCUUGGUUUCCGGCAUUCCUUUUCCUCCUUUGGUUUCCGGCAUUCCCUUUCCUCCUUUGGUUUCCGGCAUUUCCCUUUCCCUCCUUUGGUUUCCGGCAUUCCUUUUCCUCCUUUGGUUUCCGGCAUUCCCUUUCCUCCUUUGGUUUCCGGCAUUCCUUUCCUCCUUUGGUUUCCGGCAUUCGUUUCUCAACGCUUUUUCCUUUGGUUUCCGGCAUUCCCUUUCCUCCUUUGGUUUCUGACAUUCCUUUCUCCUUUCCUUCCUUUCCUCCGGUUUUCGGCAUUCCUUUCCUCCGCAGUUUCCGGCCUUUCACCCACCAGUUUUCUGACAUUUCGUUUCCUCCGCAGUUUUCUGACAUUCGUUUCCUCAACAGUUUCUGACAUUCGUUUCCUCCGCAGCAGUUUCCGGCAUUCGCACUUUUCUCCUUUGGUUUCAGCAUUCCUGCUCCUUUGGUUUCCGGCAUUCCGCUUUCCUCCCUUUGGUUUCCGGCAUUCCUUUCCUCCCUUUGGUUUCCGGCAUUCCUUUCCUCCUUUGGUUCCAUUCCUUUCUCCUUUGGUUUCCAUUCCUUUUCCUCCUUUGGUUUCCGCAUUCCCCUUUCCUCCUUUGGUUUUCGGCAUUUCUUUCCUCCUUUGGUUUCCAUUCCCUUUUCCUCCUUUGGUUUCCAGCAUUCCCUUUUCCUCCUUUGGUUUCGGCAUUCCCUUUCCUCCUUUGGUUUUUCCGGCAUUUCCCUUUCCUCCACCAUUUCCAUUCCCUUUUCCUCCUGCCUUUUCUGCAUUCCUUUCCUCCGCCGUUUCCGGCAUUCCCUUUCCUCCUUUGUUUUCCGGCGACCCUUUCCUCCUUUGGUUUUCCGGCAUUUCCUUUCCUCUUUGGUUUCCGGCAUUCCUUUCCUCCUUUGGUUUCCGGCAUUCCCUUUCCUCCUUUGUGUUUCCGGCAUUCCCGCUUUCCUCCCUUUGGUUUCCGGCAUUUCCUUUCCUCCUUUGGUUUCCGGCAUUCCCUUUUCCUCCGCAGGUUCCGGCCAUUCCCUUUCCUCCUUUGGUUUCCGGCAUUCCCUUUUUCCUCCUUUGGUUUCCGGCAUUCCCUUUCCUCCUUUGGUUUUCCGGCAUUCCCUUUCCUCCGCAGUUUUCGAUUCGUUUUUCCUCCACGCUGGUUUCCUCCGCAUUUCCCUUUCCUCCGCAGUUUCCGGCAUUCCCUUUUCCUCAUAGUUUUUCUGACAUUCGUUUUCCUCCAGUUUUUCCAACAUUCUUUUCAUUUCCUUUCCUCCUUUUGGUUUCCGGCAUUUUCCCUUUCCUCCUUUGGUUUCCAUUCCCUUUUCCCUUUGGUUUCCAGCAUUCCCUUUCCUCCUUUGGUUUCCAGCAUUCCCUUUUCUCCUUUGGUUUCCGGCAUUUCCCUUUCCUCCUUUGGUUUCCAGCAUUCCCUUUCCUCCUUUGGUUUCCGGCAUUUCCCUUUUCCUCCUUUGGUUUCCGGCAUUUCCCUUUCUCCUUUGGUUUUCCAGCAUUUCCUUUUCCUUUGGUUCCGGCAUUCCUUUCCUCCGCAGUUUCCCGGCAUUCCCUUUCCUCCUUAGUUUUCGGCAUUCGUUUCCUCCGCCAGUUUUCGACAUUCAUUUUCCUCCUUAGUUUUCUGACAUUCGUUUCCUCCGCAGUUUUCCGGCAUUUCCUCCUUUGGUUUUCCGGCAUUCCUUUCCUCCUUUGGUUUCCACAUUCCCUUUCCUCCUUUGGUUUUCGCUUGUUCCCUUUCUCCCUUUGGUUUCCGGCAUUCCCUUUCCUCCUUUGGUUUCGGCUUCCCUUUUCCUCCCGCAGUUUCCGGCAUUCCCUUUCCUCCGCCCAUUUUCCGGCAUUUCCUUUCCUCCGCAGUUUUCCGGCAUUCCCUUUCCUCCUUAGUUUUCCGGCAUUCCCUUCCUCCUUAGUUUUUCACAUUCGUUUCCUCCUUAGUUUUUCUGACAUUCGUUUCCUCCUUAGUUUUCUGACAUUCCCCUUCCUCCUUUGUUUUCGGCAUUCCCUUUCCUCCUUUGGUUUCCGGCAUUUCCCUUUCCUCCUUUGGUUUCCGGCAUUCUUUCCUCCUUUGGUUUCCAGCAUUCCCUUUCCUCCUUUUUGUUUUCCGGCAUUCCCUUUCCUCCUUUGGUUUCCGGCAUUCCCUUUCCUCCGCAGUUUUCCGGCAUUCCCUUUCCUCCGCAGUUUUCCGGCAUUCCCUUUCCUCCUUAGUUUUCUGACAUUCGUUUCCUCCGCAUUUUCCAUUCCUUUCCUCCUUUGGUUUCCGGCAUUUCCCUUUCCCCUUUGGUUUCAGCAUUUCCCUUUUUUCCUCCUUUGGUUUUCAGCAUUCCCUUUUCCUCCCUUUGGUUUCCGGCAUUCCCUUUCCUCUUUGGUUUUCACAUUCCCUUUCCUCCUUUGGUUUUCUGGCAUUUUCCUUUUCCUCCCUUUGGUUUCCGGCAUUUCCUUUCCUCCGCAGUUUUCGGCAUUCCUUUCCUCCUUUGGUUUCCGGCAUUCCUUUUCCUCCUUUGGUUCCAUUCGCUUUCCUCCCUUUGGUUUUCGGCAUUCCUUUCACUCCACCAGUUUUCCGGCAUUUCCUUUCCUCCGCAGUUUUCCGGCAUUCCCUUUUUCCUCCGCGUUUUCUGACAUUCGUUUCCUCCGCAGUUUUUCUGACAUUCCCUUUCCUCCUUUGGUUUCCGGCGUUCCCUUUCCCUCCCUUUGGUUUCGGCAUUCCCACUUCCUCCUUUGGUUUCCGGCAUUCCCUUUUCCUCCUUUGGUUCAGCGUUCCCUUUCCUCCUUUGGUUCCGCAUUCCCUUUCCUCCUUUGGUUUCCGGCAUUCCCUUUCCUCCUUUGGUUUCCAGCAUUUCCCUUUCCUCCCUUUGGUUUCCGGCAUUCCCUUUCCACCGCAGUUUCCAUUCCCUUUGGUUUCCGGCAUUCCCUUUUCCUCCUUUGGUUCCGGCAUUCCCUUUUCCUCGCGCUUGGUUUCCGGCAUUUCCCUUUCCUCCGCGAUUUUUCCGGCAUUUCCCUUUCCUCCGCAUUUUCUGACAUUCGUUUCCUCCUUAGUUUUCUGACAUUCGUUUCCUCCUUAGUUUCUGACAUUCAUUUCCUCGCGGUUUUCGGCAUUUCCUUUCACUCCUUUGUUUUCAGCAUUCCCUUUCCUCCUUUGGUUUCCGGCAUUUUUCCUCCUUUGGUUUCCGGCAUUCCCUUUCCUCCUUUGGUUUCCGGCAUUCCCUUUCAUCCUUUGGUUUCGGCAUUCCCUUUCCUCCUUUGGUUUCCGGCAUUCCUUUCCUCUCCUUUGGUUUCCGGCAUUCCCGCUUCCUCCUUUGGUUUCGGCGUUCCCUUUUUCCUCCUUUUCGGGUUUCCGGCAUUUUCUGACAUUCGUUUCCGGCGUUUCCCCUUUUCCUCCUUUGGUUUUCAACGACCUUUUCCUCCUUUGGUUUCCUCCGCUCCUUUGGUUUCCGGCAUUCCUUUCCUCCUUUUGGUUCCGGCAUUUUUCCUCCACCAGUUUUUCAUUUUUCCUCCGCAGUUUUCCGGCAUUCCCUUUCCUCCUUUGGUUUCAGCAUUCCCUUUCCUCCCUUUUGUUUUCCGACAUUUCUUUUCCGGCAUUCCUUUUCCUCCGCUUUGGUUUCCGGCAUUCCCUUUCCUCCUUUGGUUCGGCAUUCCUGUUCAUUUCCUCUCCUUUGGUUUCCAAUUUUUCUGUUUCCGACAUUCAUUUUCCUCCUUUGGUUUUCAUUUCGCGUUUUCCUCCAUGGUUUUCCGGCAUUCCCUUUCCUCUCUGGUUUUCGGCAUUCCCGUUUCCUCCUUUGGUUUCGACAUUCCCUUUCCUCCUUUGGUUUCCGACAUUCCUUUCCUCCGCAGUUUUCCGGCAUUUCCCUUUUCCUCCUUUGGUUUCCGGCAUUUCCCUUUUCUCCUUUCCGGCAUUCCCUUUCCUCCAUGGCAGCAUUCCCUUUCCUCCUUAGUUUUCUUUCAUUUCCGGCAGUUUUCUGACAUUCGUUUCCUCCUUUGGUUUCUGACAUUCCCUUUCCUCCGCAGGUUUUCGGCAUUCCCUUUCCUCCUUUGGUUUCCGGUUUCCAUUUCCUUUCCUCCUUUGGUUUCCGGCAUUCCCUUUCUCAACCUUUGGUUUCCGGCAUUUCCUUUCCUCCGCAGUUUUCGGCAUUCCCUUUCCUCCUUCAGUUUUCGACAUUCCCUUUCCUCCACCAGUUUUCUUCCGCCUCCUUAUUUCGGCAUUCAUUUCUCCUUUGGUUUUCCGGCUUCCCUUUCCUCCUUUGGUUUCGGCAUUCCCUUUUCCUCCUUUGGUUUCCGGCAUUCCCUUUCCUCCUUUGGUUUUCCGGCAUUCCCUUUUCCUCCUUUGGUUUCCGCAUUCCCUUUCCUCCUUUGGUUUCGGCAUUCCUUUUCCUCCUUUGGUUUCCGGCAUUCCCUUUCCUCCUUUGGUUCCGGCAUUCCCUUUCCUCCUUUGGUUCCGGCAUUCCUUUUCCUCCUUUGGUUUCCCCCUUUCCGCAUUUUUUCCUCCUUAGUUUCUGACAUUCAUUUCCUCGCAGUUUUCCGGCAUUCCUUUCCUCCUUUUUUUCCGGCAUUUCCUCCCUUUUCCUCCGCAGGUUUCCGGCAUUCCUUUCUCCUCCUUUGGUUCCGGCAUUCCUUUCCUCCUUUGGUUUCCGGCAUUUCCCUUUCCUCCUUUGGUUUCAGCAUUCCCUUUCCUCCUUUGGUUUCCGGCAUUCCCUUUCCUCCUUUUCCGGUUUCUCCUUUGGUUUCCGGCAUUCCCUUUCCUCCUUUUCUCACAGUUUCCAUUCGUUUCCCCCUUUUUUCCUUCCUUUUCCUCCGCGGUUUCCGGCAUUCCCUUUCCUCCUUUGGUUUCCGGCAUUCCCUUUCCUCCUUUGGUUUCCAAGCAUUCCCUUUCCUCCCUUUGGUUUCCGGCAUUCCUUUCCUCCUUUGGUUUUCCGGCAUUCCCUUUCCUCCUUUGGUUUCUGACAUUCCUUUCCUCCUUAGUUUUCUGACAUUCAUUUCCUCCUUAUUUUCCAGCAUUCGUUUCCUCCUUUUCUUUCGUUUCCUCCGCUUUUUUCCUGACAUUCAUUUCCUCCAUAGUUUUCGGCAUUCCCUUUUCCUCCUUUGGUUUCCGGCUUCCCUUUCCUCCUUUGGUUUCCGGCAUUUCCUUUCCUCCUUUGGUUUCGGCAUUCCCUUUCCUCCUUUGGUUUCCAUUCCCUUUUCCUCCUUUGGUUUCCGGCAUUUCCUUUCCUCCUUUAGUUUUGGCAUUCCCUUUCCUCCUUUGGUUUCCGGCAUUUCCCUUUCCUCCUUUGGUUUUCCGGCAUUUCCCUUUCCUCCUUUGGUUUUCCAUUCCCUUUCCUCCUUUGUUUUUCCGGACAUUUCCCUUUCCUCCUUAGUUUUCGACAUUCCUUUUUUCCUCCGCAGGUUUUCUGACAUUCCCUUUCCUCCUUUGGUUUCCGGCAUUCAUUUCCUCCGCAGUUUCGACAUUCGUUUCCUCCGCAGUUUUCUGACAUUCGUUUCCUCCAUGUUUUCUGACAUUUUUCCUCAUGAUUUCCGGCAUUUCCGCCCUUUCCACCUUUGGUUUCCGGCAUUCCCUUUUCUCCUUUGGUUUCCGGCAUUUCCCUUUCCUCCUUUGGUUUCCGGCCCUUUCCUCCUUGGUUUCCGGCAUUUCCCUUUCCUCCUUUGGUUUCCUUUUGGUUCCGCCUUUCCUCCUUUGGUUUCCAGCAUUUCCCUUUCCUCCUUUGGUUUUCGGCAUUCCCUUUCCUCCGCCAGUUUCCGGCAUUCCUUUUCCUCCUUUGGUUUCCGGCAUUCCUUUCCUCCUUUGUUUUCUGACAUUCCCUUUCCUCCGCUUUUCCUUGUUCCUUUCCUCCACGGUUUUCUGACAUUCCCUUUCCUCCUUUUUUCCAGCGUUUCCUUUCCUCCUUUUUCCGACGCAUUCCUUUCCUCCUUCAGUUCGGCAUUUCAUUUUGGUUUCAGCACCUCCUCCUUUGGUUUUCCAGCAUUCCCUUUUCCUCCUUUGGUUUCCAGCAUUCCUUUCCUUUACCAGUUCCAAUUCCCUUUCCUCCUUUGGUUUCCGGCAUUCCCUUUCCUCCUUUGGUUUUCGGCAUUCGUUUCUCCUUUAGUUUUCGGCAUUCCCUUUCCUCCUUUGGUUUUUCUGCAUUCCCUUUCCUCCGCAGUUUUUCUGACAUUCGUUUUCCUCCUUAGUUUUUCGUCCCAUCCGCUGUUUUCCGGCAUUUCCUUUCUCCUUAGUUUCCAGCAUUCCCUUUCCUCCUUAGUUUUCCGGCAUUCCCUUUCCUCCGCAGCAUUCCCUUUCCUCCUUUGGUUUCCGGCAUUCCCUUUUCCUCCUUUGGUUUCCGGCAUUCCUUUCCUCCUUUGGUUUCCGGCAUUUCCUUUCUCCUUUUCCGUUUUUUUUCCGGCAUUUCCUUUCCUCCUUUUCUGUUUUUCACCGCAAUUUUCCCUUUCCUCCCGCGGUUUCCGGCAUUUCAUUUCCUCCGCGUUUUCCCUUUCCUCCGCGUUUUCCGGCAUUCCCUUUCUCCGCGGUUUUCUUUCAUUUCCUUUCCUCCUUUGUUUUCCAGCAUUCCCUUUUCCUCCGCAGUUUUCCGGCGUCCCUUUCCUCCUUAGUUUUCGGCAUUUCCCUUUCCUCCUUUGGUUUUCCGACAUUCAUUUCCUCCGCAGGUUUCCGGCGUUCCCUUUCCUCCACGGUUUCGGCGUUGUUUCCUCCUUUGGUUUCGGCAUUCCCUUUCCUCCGCAGUUUUCCGACAUUCCCUUCCUCCGCUUUUUCCGGCAUUCCCUUUCCUCCGCAGUUUUUCCGGCAUUUCCUUUCCUCCUUAAUUUCCGGCAUUUCUUUCCUCCUUGGUUUUUUCUGACAUUCCUUUCCUCCGCAGUUUUUUCGGCAUUCGUUUCCUCCGCCAGUUUUCUGACAUUCAUUUCCUCCGCAGUUUUUUCGGCAUUCAUUUUCCUCCGCGGUUUUCCGCAUUCCUUUCAUAUCCUUUGGUUUUCGGCAUUCGUUUCCUCCUUUGGUUUCCGGCAUUCCCUUUCCUCCGCCAGUUCUGACAUUCCAUUUCCUCCUUUGGUUUCCUGCAUUCGUUUCCUCCUUAGUUUUUCUGCAUUCAUUUCCUCGCAUUUCCGGCAUUCCGCACCUCCGCAGUUUUCCGGCAUUCCCUUUCCUCCUUUGUUUUCCGGCAUUCCCUUUUCCUCCACCAUUCCAUUCCUUUCCUCCUUUGGUUUCCGGCAUUCCUUUUCCUUUGGUUUUCGGCAUUCCCUUUCCUCCGCGUUUUCUGACUUUCCUUUCCUCCAUUUUCCGGCAUUCCUUUCCUCCUUUGGUUUCCGGCAUUCCCUUUCCUCCUUUGGUUCCGGCAUUCCCUUUUCUCGCGGUUUUCCGGCGUUUUUUUCCUCCCCUUGGUUUCUGACAUUCAUUUUCCUCCGCGUUUCCGGCAUUCCCUUUCCUCCUUUUUUCAAUUUCCCCUUUGGUUCCCUUUCCUCCUUUGGUUUUCCGGCAUUCCCUUUCCUCCUUUGGUUUCGGCAUUGCCUUUCCUCAGUUUUCGGCUUUCACUCCGCCGAGUUUUCGGCAUUCAUUCCUUUCCUCCUUAGUUUUCUGACAUUCGUUUUCCUCCGCAGUUUUCUGACAUUCCCCUUUCCGCAUUUCUCCGACAUUCCCUUUCCUCUUUGGUUUUCCUGCAUUUCCCUUUCCUCCUUUGGUUUCCGGCAUUCCCUUUCUCCGCAUUUUCUGCAUUCCCUUUCCUCCUUAGUUUUCCGGCAUUCCCUUUCCUCCUUUGUUUUCCGGCAUUCCCUUUCCUCCUUUGGUUUCGGCGUUCCCUUUCCUCCGCAGGUUUCUGACAUUCCCUUUUCCUCCACCUUUGGUUCGCGGCAUUCCACUUUCCUCCACCAGUUUUCCGGCAUUCCCUUUCCUCCUUUGGUUUCCGGCAUUCCCUUUCCUCCUUUGGUUUCCGGCAUUUCCUUUCCUCCGCAGGUUUCGGCAUUUCCUUUUCUCCUUAGUUUCCGGCAUUUCCCUUUUUCCUCCUUAGUUUUUUCGGCGUUUUCCCAGCAUUCGUUUCCUCCGCAGUUUUCAUUCGUUUCCUCCGCAGUUUCCGACAUUCCCUUUCCUCCUUUGUUUUCCGGCAUUCCCUUUCCUCCUUUGGUUCCGGCAUUCCCUUUCCUCCUUUGGUUUCGGCAUUCCCUUUCCUCCGCGGUUUUUCCGUUUCCGGCAUUCGUUUUCCUCCGCUUUUUUCUCCGUUUGGUUUCCUGCAUUCCCUUUUCCUCCUUUUCUGACAUUUCGUUUCCUCCGCAGUUUUCUGACAUUCGUUUGCCUCCGCGGUUUUCCGGCAUUCCCUUUCCUCCUUUGGUUUCCGGCAUUCCCUUUCCUCCUUUGGUUCCGGUUUCCCUUUUUCCUCCUUUGGUUUCCGGCAUUCCUUUCCUCCUUUGGUUUCCCCUUUCCUUUGUUUUCUGGCAUUCCCUUUCCUCCUUAGUUUUCCUGACAUUCCCUUUCCUCCUUUGUUUUCGGCAUUCCCCUUUCCUCCUUUGGUUUCCGGCAUUCCCUUUCCUCCUUUGUUUUCCGACAUUUCGCCUCCGCAGUUUCCGACAUUCCCCCUUUCCUUCGCAGUUUUCCGGCAUUCCUCCGCGGUUUCCUCCCUUUUCCUCCGCAGUUUUCCGGCAUUCCCUUUCCUCCUUUGGUUUCCGGCAUUCCUUUCCUCCGCUGGUUUCCGGCAUUCCCUUUCCUCCUUUGGUUUCCGGCAUUCCCCUUUCCUCCUCCUUUGGUUUCCGGCAUUCCCUUUCACUCCCUUUGGUUUCCGGCAUUCCCUUUCCUCCUUUGGUUUCCGGCAUUCCCUUUCCUCCAUUGGUUUUCAGCAUUCCCUUUCCUCCUUUGGUUUCCGGCAUUCCCUUUCCUCCGCAGUUUCCGGCGUUCCCUUUCCUCCGCAGUUUUCCGGCAUUCCCUUUCCUCCUUAGUUUUCUGACUUGGUUUCCGGCAUUCCCUUUUUUUCUCCUUUCCUCGGUUUCCGGCAUUUCCUUUCCUCCUUUCGUUUCCGGCAUUUCCCUUUCCUCCCUUUGGUUUCCGGCAUUUCCCUUUUCCUCCUUUGGUUUCGGCAUUCCCUUUCCUCCUUUGUUUUCCGGCGUUUCCCUUUCUCCGCGGUUUUCGGCAUUCCCUUUCUCCUUUGGUUUCCGGCAUUCCCUUUCCUCCUUUGGUUUCCGUUUCCGGCAUUCCCUUUCCUCCGCAGUUUUCUGGCAUUCCUUUCCUCCUUUGGUUUCCGACGUUCCCUUUCCUCCGCAGUUUUCCGGCAUUCCCUUUCCUCCUUUGGUUUCCGGCAUUCCCUUUCCUCCUUUGGUUUCCAGCAUUCCCUUUCCUCCUUUGGUUUCCGGCAUUCCCUUUCCUCCGCAUUUUCCGGCGUCCCUCCUUUGGUUUUCCGGCAUUCCCUUUCCUCCUUUGGUUUCCGGCAUUUUUCACUCCUUUGGUUUCCUUUCCUUUCCUCCGUUUUCCGGCAUUCCCUUUCCUCCUUUGGUUUCCGGCAUUCCCUUUCCUCCUUUGGUUCCGGCAUUCCCUUUCCUCCUUUGGUUUUCAGGUUCCUUUUCUCCUUUGGUUUCCGGCAUUUCCCUUUUCCUCCUUUGGGCAUUUCCGCAGUUUCAUUCCCUUUCCUCCUUUGGUUUCCCUCCGGAUUUUCAUUUCCCUUUCCUCCUUUGGUUUCCCGGCAUUCCCUUUCCUCCUUUGGUUUUCCGGCAUUCCCUUUCCUCCUUUGGUUUCCGGCAUUCCCUUUCCUCCUUUGCUUUCCGGCAUUCCCUUUCCUCCUUUGGUUUCGGCAUUCCCUUUCCUCCUUUGGUUUCCGGCAUUCCUUUUCCUCCUUUGGUUUCCAAGAUUCCCUUUCCUCCUUUGGUUUCCUUUUCCUCCUUGGUAUUCCGGAAUCCCUUUCCUCCUUUGGUUUCCGGCAUUCCCUUUCCUCCUUUGGUUUCCGGCAUUCCCUUUCCUCCUUUGGUUUCCCCUUUCCUCCGCCGUAUUCCCUUUCCUCCUUUGGUUUCCGGCAUUUCCCUUUCCUCCUUUGGUUUCCGGCAUCCCUUUCCCCUUUGGUUUCCGGCAUUCCCUUUCCUCCUUUGGUUUCCGGCAUUUCCCUUUCCUCCGCGGUUUCCGGCAUUCCCUUUCCCUCCUUUGGUUUCCAUUUCCUUUCCUCCUUUGGUUUCCCGGCAUUCCCUUUCCUCCUUUGGUAUUCCGGAAUCCCUUUCCUCCUUUGGUUUCCGGCAUUCCUUUCCUCCUUUGGUUUCCGGCAUUCCCUUUCCUCCUUCCCCUUUCCUCCACCCCAGUUUUCGGCAUUCCCCUCCUCCUUUGGUUUGGUUUUUCCUCCUUUUGGCAUUCCCUUUCCUCCUUUGGUUUCCGGCAUUCCUUUCCUCCGUUGGUUUCCGGCAUUCCUUUCCUCCUUUGGUUUCCGGCAUUCCCUUUCCUCCACCAGUUUUCCGGCAUUCCCUUUCCUCCUUUGGUUUUCGGCAUUUCCUUUCCUCCUUUGGUUUCCGGCAUUCCUUUCCUCCGCAGUUUCCGGCAUUCCCUUUCCUCCUUUGGUUUCCGGCAUUCCCUUUCCUCCUUUGGUUUUCCGGCAUUCCUUUCCUCCUUUGGUUUCCGGCCCUUUCCCUUUGGUUUCCUCCUUUGGUUUCCGGAAUCCUUUCCUCCUUUGGUUUCGGCAUUCCCUUUCCUCCGCGGUUUCCGGCAUUCCCUUUCCUCCUUUGGUUUCCGGCAUUCCCUUUCCUCCUUUGGUUUCCGGCAUUCCCUUUCCUCCUUUGGUAUUCCGGUUCCCUUUCCUCCGCGUUUUCCGGCAUUCCUUUCCUCCUUUGGUUUCCGCAUUUCCUUUCCUCCUUGGUUUCCGAUUCCCCUUUCCUCCUUUGGUUUCCGGCAUUCCCUUUCCUCCUUUGGUUUCCGCAUUCCCUUUCCUCCCUUUGGUUUCCGGCAUUUCCCUUUCCUCCUUUGGUUUCCGGCAUUCCUUUCCCUUUCCGGAAUCCCUCCUUUUCCAGCGUUUUUCCUCCUUUGGUUUCCGGCAUUCCCUUUCCUCCUUUGGUUUCCUCCGCAUUUUCCCUUUCCUCCUUUGGUUUCCGGCAUUCCCUUUCCUCCUUUGGUUUUCCGGCAUUCCCUUUCCUCCUUUGGUUUCGGCAUUCCCUUUCCUCCGCAAUUUCCACUCCUUUGGUUUUCCGGCAUUUCCCUUUCCUCCUUUGGUUUCCGCAUUCAUUCCUUUGGUUCCAUUCCCUUUCCUCCGCCAGUUUUCGGCAUUCCUUUCCUCCUUUGGUUUCCGGCAUUCCCCUUUCCUCCGGUUUCCGCGACCGCCUUUCCUCCUUUGUUUUCCGGCAUUCCCUUUCCUCCUUUGGUUUCCGGCAUUCCCUUUCCUCCCUUUGGUUUCCCCAUUCCCUUUCCUCUUUGGUUUUUCGGCAUUUCCCUUUCCUCCUUUUCCCGGUUUCCCUUUCCUCCUUUGGUUUCCGGCAUUCCCUUUCCUCCUUUGGUUUCCGGCAUUCACUUUCCUCCUUGGUUUCCGGCAUUCCUUUCCUCCUUUGGUUUUCCGGCAUUCCCUUUCCUCCUUUGGUUUCCGGCAUUCCCUUUUUCCUCCUUCAGUUUUUUCCGGCAUUCCUUUUCCUCCUUUGGUUUCCGGCAUUCCCUUUCCUCCUUUGGUUUCGGUUUCCGAUUCCCUUUCCUCCUUUGGUUUCCGGCAUUUCCCUUUCCUCCUUUGGUUUCAAGCAUUCCUCCUUUGGUUUCCGGCAUUCCCUUUCCUCCUUUGGUUUCCGGCAUUCCCUUUCCUCCUUUGGUUUCAUUUCCCUUUCCUCCUUUGGUUUCCGGCAUUCCCUUUCCUCCUUUGGUUUUCGGCAUUCCCUUUCCUCCUUUGGUUUCGGCAUUCCCUUUCCCCUCCUUUGGUUUCCCGACAUUCCUUUCCUUUCUCCGCAGUUUUCCGGCAUUCCCUUUCCUCCUUUGGUUUCCGGCAUUCCCUUUCCUCCUUUGGUUUCCGGCAUUCCCUUUUCCUCCUUUGGUUUUCCGGCAUUCCUUUCCUCCUUUGGUUUCCGGCAUUCCCUUUCCUCCUUUGGUUUUCCGGCAUUCCCUUUCCUCCUUUGGUUUCCGGCAUUCCCUUUCCUCCUUUGGUUUCGGCAUUUCCCCUUUCCUCCUUUGGUUUCCGGCAUUCCCUUUCCUCCUUUGGUUUCCGGCAUUCCUUUCCUCUUUGGUUUCCGGCAUUUCCCUUUCCUCCUUUGGUUUCGGCAUUCCCUUUCCUCCUUUGGUUUCGGCAUUCCCUUUCCUCCGGUUUUCAUUCCCUUUCCUCCUUUGGUUCCGGCAUUCCCUUUCCUCCUUUUUUUCGGCAUUCCCUUUCCUCCUUUGGUUUCCGGCAUUCCCUUUCCUCCUUUGGUUUCCGGCAUUCCCUUUCCUCCUUUGUUUCCGGCAUUUCCCUUUCCUCCUUUGGUUUCCGGCAUUCCCUUUCCUCCUUUGGUUUCCGGCAUUUCCUUCCUCCGGUUUCCGGCAUUCCCUUUUUCCUCCUUUGGUUUCCGGCAUUCCUUUCCUCCUUUGGUUUUCCAUUCCCUUUCCUCCUUUGGUUUCCGGCAUUCCCUUUCCUCCUCCUUUGGUUUCCUUUCACUCCUUGCAUUCCCUUUCCUCCGCGGUUUCCGGCAUUCCCCUUUCCUCCUUUGGUUUCGGCAUUCCCUUUCCUCCUUUGGUUUUCCGGCAUUCCUUUCCUCCUUUGGUUUCCGGCAUUCCCUUUCCUCCUUUGGUUCCGGCAUUCCCUUUCCUCCUUUGGUUUCCGGCAUUCCCACUCCUUUGGUUUUCGGCAUUCCCCUUUCCUCCUUUCCGGCAUUCCUUUCCUCCUUUGGUUUCCGGCAUUCCCUUUCCUCCUUUGGUUUCCGGCAUUCGCUUUCCUCCUUUGGUUUCCGGCAUUUCCCUUUCCUCCUUUGGUUUCCGGCCCUUUCCUCCUUUGGUUUCCGGCAUUCCCUUUCCUCCUUUGGUUUCCGGCAUUCCCUUUCCUCCUUUGGUUUCCGGCAUUCCCUUUCCUCCUUUAGUUUUCCAGCAUUCCUUUCCUCCUUUGGUUUCCGGCAUUCCCCUUUCCUCCGCGGUUUCCGGCAUUCCCUUUCCUCCUUUGGUUUCCGGCAUUCCCUUUGGUUUCUCCUUUGGUUUCCGGCAUUCCCUUUCCUCCUUUGGUUUCCGGCAUUCCCUUUCCUCCGCAGGUUUCCUCCCUUUCCUCCCUUUGGUUUCCGGCAUUCCCCUUUCCUCCUUUGGUUUCCGGCAUUCCUUUCACUCCGCAGUUUGGUUUCAUUCCUUUUCCUCCUUUGGUUUCGGCAUUUCCUUUCCUCCUUUGGUUUCCGGCAUUCCCUUUCCUCCUUUGGUUUCCGGCAUUCCCUUUCCUCCUUUUUCCGGCAUUCCCUUUCCUCCUUUGGUUCCGGCAUUCCCUUUCCUUUGGUUUCGGCGACCCUUUCCUCCUUUGGUUUCCGGCAUUCCCUUUCCUCCUUUGGUUUCGGCAUUCCCUUUCCCUUUUCCCGGCAUUCGCUUUCUCCUCUUUGGUUUCCGGCAUUCCCUUUCCUCCUUUGGUUUCCGGCAUUCCCUUUCCUCCUUUGGUUUCCGGCAUUCCCUUUCCUCCAUUUGGUUUCCUCCUUUGGUUUCAUUCCCUUUCCUCCGCCCAGUUUUCGGCAUUCCUUUCCUCCUUUGGUUUCCGGCAUUCCCUUUCCUCCUUUGGUUUUCCGGCAUUCCCCUUCCUCCUUUGGUUUCCGGUUUCCAUUUCCUUUCCUCCUUUGGUUUUCGGCAUUCCCUUUCCUCCUUUUGGUUUCCGGCAUUCCCUUUCCUCCACCAGUUUUCGGCAUUCCCUUUCCUCCUUUGGUUUCCGGCAUUCCUUUUCCUCCUUUGGUUUUCCGGCAUUCCCUUUCCUCCUUUGGUUUCCGGCAUUCCCUUUUCCUCCUUUGGUUUCCGGCAUUCCUUUCCUCCUUUGGUUUCCCAUUCCCCUUUCCUCCUUGGUUUUCCGGUCCCUUUCCUCCUUUGGUUUCCGGCAUUCCCUUUCCUCCUUUGGUUUCCGGCAUUCCCUUUCCUCCCGGCAUUUCCCUUUCCUCCUUUGGUUUCCGGCAUUCCCUUUCCUCCUUUCCGGUUUCCGGCAUUCCUUUCCUCCUUUGGUUUCCGGCAUUCCCUUUCCUCCUUUGGUUUCCGGCAUUUUUCCCUUUGGUUUCGGAAUCCUUUCCUCCUUUGGUUUCCGGCAUUUCCCUUUCCUCCUUUGGUUUCGGCAUUUCCCUCCUUUGGUUUCCGGCAUUCCCUUUCCUCCGCCAGUUUUCCGGCAUUCCCGUUUCCUCCUUUGGUUUCCGGCAUUCCCUUUCCUCCUUUGGUUUCCCGGCAUUCCCUUUCCUCCCUUUGGUUUCCGGCUUCCCUUUCCUCCUUUUUCCGGCAUUCCCGCUUUCCUCCUUUGGUUUCCGGCAUUCCCUUUCCUCCUUUGGUUUCCGGCAUUCCUUUCCUCCUUUGGUUUCCGGCAUUCCCCUUUCCUCCUUUGGUUUCCGGCAUUCCUUUCCUCCUUUGGUUUCCGGCAUUCCCUUUCCUCCGCGGUUUCCGGCAUUCCCUUUCCUCCUUUGGUUUCCGGCAUUCCCUUUCCCUUUGGUUUCCGGCAUUUCCCUUUCCUCCGCAUUUUCAUUCCCUUUCCUCCUUUGGUUUCCGGCAUUCCCUUUCCUCCUUUGGUUUUCCGGCAUUCCCUUUCCUCCUUGGUAUUUCGGAAUUCCCUUUCCUCCUUGGUUUCCGGCAUUUCCCUUUCCUCCUUUGGUUUCAGCAUUCCCUUUCCUCCUUUGGUUUCGGCAUUCCCUUUCCUCCUUUGGUUUUCCGGCAUUCCCUUUCCUCCUUUGGUUUCCGGCAUUCCUUUUCCUCCUUUGGUUUCCGGCAUUCCUUUCCUCCUUUGGUUUCCGGCAUUCCGGGCAUUCCCUUUCCUCCUUUGGUUUCCGGCAUUCCCUUUCCUCCGCAGUUUUCCGGCAUUCCCUUUCCUCCUUUGGUUUCCGGCAUUCCCUUUCCUCCUUUGGUUUCCGGCAUUCCCUUUCCUCCUUUGGUUUCCGGCAUUCCCUUUCCUCCUUUGGUUUCCGGCAUUCCCUUUCCUCCUUUGGUUUCCGGCAUUCCCUUUCCUCCUUUGGUUUCCGGCAUUCCCUUUCCUCCUUUGGUUUCCGGCAUUCCCUUUCCUCCUUGGUAUUCCGGAAUCCCUUUCCUCCUUUGGUUUCCGGCAUUCCCUUUCCUCCUUUGGUUUCCGGCAUUCCCUUUCCUCCGCAGUUUUCCUUUGGUUUCUCCUUUGGUUUCCGGCAUUCCCUUUCCUCCUUUGGUUUCCGGCAUUCCCUUUCCUCCUUUGGUUUUCCGGCAUUUUCCUCCUUUGGUUUCCGGCAUUCCUUUCCUCCUUUGGCCGGAAUCCCUUUCCUCCUUUGGUUUCCGGCAUUCCCUUCCUCCUUUGGUUUCCGGCAUUCCCGCUUUCCUCCUUUGGUUUCCGGCAUUCCCUUUCCUCCUUUGGUUUCCGGCAUUCCCUUUCCUCCUUUGGUUUCCGGCAUUUUCCUUUCCUCCUUUGGUUUCCGGCAUUCCCUUUCCUCCUUUGGUUCCGGCAUUUCCUUUCUCCGCAGUUUUCCGGCAUUCCCUUUCCUCCUUUGGUUUCCGGCAUUCCCUUUCCUCCUUUGGUUUCCGGCAUUCCCUUUCCUCCUCCCUUUUUCCGGCAUUCCCUUUCCUCCUUUGGUUUCCGGCAUUCCCUUUCCUCCUUUGGUUUUCCGGCAUUCCCUUUCCUCCUUUGGUUUCCGGCAUUCCCUUUCCUCCUUUGGUUUCCGGCAUUUUCCCUUUCCUCCUUUGGUUUCCGGCAUUCCCUUUCCUCCUUUGGUUUUCCUCCUUUGGCAUUCCCUUUCCUCCUUUGGUUUCCGGCAUUUCCAUCCUCCUUUGGUUUCGGCAUUCCCUUUCCUCCUUUGGUUUCCGGCAUUCCCUUUCCUCCUUUGGUUUCCGGCAUUCCCUUUCCUCCCUUUGGUUUCCGGCAUUCCCUUUCCUCAUUUGGUUUCCGGCAUUUCCUUUCCUCCGCAGUUUUCCGGCAUUCCCUUUCUCCUCCUUUGGUUUCCGGCAUUCCCUUUCUCCUUUGGUUUCCCACAUUCCUUUUCCUCCUUUGGUUUCCGGCAUUCCCUUUCCUCCUUUGGUUUCCGGCAUUCCCUUUCCUCCUUUGGUUUCGGCAUUUCGGCAUUCCCCUUUCCUCCUUUGGUUUCCGGCAUUUCCCUUUCCUCCGCAGUUUUUCCGGCAUUUCCCUUUCCUCCUUUGGUUUCCGGCAUUCCCUUUCCUCCUUUGGUUUCCGGCAUUCCUUUCCUUUUUUCCCCUUUUCCUCCUUUGGUUUCCGGCAUUCCCUUUCCUCCUUUGGUUUCCGGCAUUCCCUUUCCUCCUUUGGUUUCCGGCAUUCCCUUUCCUCCUUUGGUUUCGGCAUUCCCUUUCCUCCUUUGGUUUCCGGCAUUCCUUUCCUCCUUUGGUUUCCGGCAUUCCCUUUCCUCCUUUGGUUUCAGCAUUCCCUUUCCUCCUUUGGUUCCGGCAUUCCUUUCCUCCUUUGGUUUCGGCAUUCCCUUUCCUCCUUUGGUUUCCGGCAUUUCCCUUUCCUCCUUUGGUUUCCGGCAUUCCCUUUUCCUCCUUUGGUUUCCGGCAUUCCCUUUCCUCCUUUGGUUUCCGGCAUUCCCUUUCCUCCUUUGGUUUCCGGCAUUCCCUUUUCCUCCUUUAGUUUUCCGGCAUUUCCCUUUCCUCCUUUGGUUUCCGGCAUUCCCUUUCCUCCUUUGGUUUCCGGCAUUUCCCUUUUCCUCCGCGGUUUCAAAACCCCUUUCCUCCUUUGGUUUCGGCAUUCCCUUUCCUCCGCAGUUUUCCGGCAUUCCCUUUCCUCCUUUGGUUUCCGGCAUUCCCUUUCCUCCUUUGGUUUCCGCCAUUUCCCUUUCCUCUUUAUUCGGUUUUUCCUCGGCAUUCCCCUUUCCUCCUUUUGGUUUCCGGCAUUCCCUUUCCUCCUGGACUUUCCUCCUUUGGUUUCCGGCAUUCCCUUUCCUCCUUUGGUUUCCGGCAUUCCCCUUUCCUCCUUUGGUUUCCGGCAUUCCUUUCCUCCUUUGGUUUCCGGCAUUCCCUUUCCUCCUCGGUUUUCGGCAUCCUUUCCUCCUUUGGUUUCCGGCGUUUUCCUCCUUUGGUUUUCCGGCAUUCCCUUUCCUCCUUUGGUUUCCGGCAUUCCUUUCCCUUUCCGGCUCCGCCAGUUUUCCGGCAUUCCCUUUCCUCCUUUGGUUCCGGCAUUCCUCCUUUGGUUUCCGGCAUUCUUUUCCUCCUUUGGUUUCCGGCGUUUCCCUUUCCUCCGCAGUUUUCCGGCAUUUCCCUUUCCUCCUGGUUUCCGGCAUUCCCUUUCCUCCUUUGGUUUCCGGCAUUCCCCUCCGCAGUUUCCGGCAUUUCCCGCUUUCUCCUUUUGGUUUCCGGCAUUCCCUUUGGUGGUUUCGGCUUUCCCUUUCCUUUGGUUUCCGGCAUUUCCCUUUCCCUCCUUUGGUUUCCGGCAUUCCCUUUCCUCCUUUUUCCGGCAUUUCCUUUUCCUCCUUUGGUUUCCGGCAUUUCCCUUUCCUCCUUUGGUUUUCGGCUCUUUUCCUGCUUUUCCGUCAUUUUUCCUUGGUAUUCCCCUUUUCCUCCUUUGGUUUCGGCAUUCCCUUUCCUCCUUUAGGUUUCCGGCAUUCCCUUUCCUCCUUUGGUUUCCGGCAUUCCCUUUCCUCCUUUGGUUUCCGGCAUUCCUUUCCUCCGCAGUUUUCGGCAUUCCCUUUCCUCCUUUGGUUUCGGCAUUCCCUUUCCUCCUUUGGUUUCCGGCAUUCCCUUUCCUCCUUUGGUUUUCCGGCAUUCCCUUUCCCUUUGGUUUCCGGCGUUUUUCCUCCUUUGGUUUCCGGCAUUUCCUUUCCUCCGCAGGUUUCCCCUUUCCUCCCUUUGGCAUUCCCUUUCCUCCUUUGGUUUCCGGCAUUUCCCUUUCCUCCACGGUUUUCCGGCAUUCCCUUUCCUCCUUUUGGUUUCCGGCAUUCCCUUUCCUCCUUUGGUUUCCGGCAUUUCCUUCCGUCUUUUUUCCGGCAUUUCCUUUCCUCCGCUUUGGUUUUCCGCAUUCCUUUCCUCCUUGGUUUUCCGCAUUCCCUUUUUGGUUUCUUCCUUUGUUUUCCAGCAUUGCAUUCCCUUUCUCCUUUGUUUUCCGGCAUUUCCUUUUCCUCCGCCUCUUUUUCGGCAUUCCUUUCUUUUUUUUCCUUUUCUUCCUUUGGUUUCUGGCAUUCCCUUUCCUCCCUUUGUUUUCCGGCAUUCCUUUCCUCCUUUGGUUUUCGGCAUUUCCUUUCUUCCUUUUUCUGGUUUUUCCGGCAUUCCCUUUCUCCACCCAGUUUCCGGCAUUCCUUUCCUCCUUUGGUUUCUAGCAUUCCCUUUCUUCCUUUGGUUUCUGGCAUUUCCUUUCCUCUUUGUUUUCUAGCAUUCCUUUUCUUCCUUUGUUUCCUUUGGUUUCUGAUAUUCCCUUUCUUCCUUUUUUUCUUUUUUCCUUUUUUCAGCAUUUUUUUUUUUCAAAUUCCUUUCUUCAUUCCUUUCUUCCUUUGUUUUCUGGCAUUCCUUUCUUCCUUUGUUUUCUGGCAUUCCUUUCUUCCUUUGUUUUCUGGCAUUCCUUUCCUUCAUGUUUUUUCAGACAUUCCUUCAAUGUUCUCUUGUUUUCUUAUUCAUAAUUCUCCUCCUCUUUUCUAUCUCCCUCCUCAGUCUCUUUGA